GUCGGACGUCUGGCCGUCGACGAUGGUCUCGCGGUUGCGAUAUUAAUAAUAAUAACAAUCAUAAUAUUUCUAUUAUCACGCCGCGUUCGGUCCGGUUCACAACAAUAACACUGUUAUCAAUAAUCAAUACGCAAUAAAAAUUACCGUCGAUAAAUCGCGCGCCGUCGUUAUUUUCGUUGUCUUAGUCCGCGCGCGCGUGUCCACACGUGGGCGCAGGUGAGGUGUUGAAAAAAAAAAAAUUCGUGCGUGUUCGUUUUCGAGGAUUUUUUUUUUUACUUUUUCGAAUAUAUAUUUUUCGUUUUGUUUUUUUUUUCCCCUCGCCCGUAACAUUUAACCUAUCGAGACGUUUUUUUUUUUUUUUUUCAAAAACAAAACAAACGAAAAAUACGUUUCUUUCAUCAUCCGAGCAAUAAACCGACGUGUUUGUAGGGGAAGACUCGUCGUGCGAUCUUGUGACCGAAUCGUAAACUCGCAUAUUACAUUCAGUGUCCGUGUAUGCAUUAUAACAAAAUUGUAUAAUAUUAUCGCCGUCAAGAGUGUUUGUGCAGCUUGAAAGUUUGUGAUUUUUCGACGAUGACCGAAAAGCCCAGAGUCGUGUCCGCGUGCAUGAAACGGAUCAUCCGAGCCUGCAACGGACGAGCGCAACAGAAACCUUUGAUCUCAGGUACCUAUACAAUACAUAAAACGAACCAAAACAACGCACAUUAUUAAUAUUAGAAUUAUCGUUUUGUCAGAACAAAUCAAUAAAAACAAUAAAAAAUAUUCGAGUGGACCUGUAGGAAAUGGGUUGAUACCGACGAAAUUUUUCGGCGAAAAACGUGAUGGUCCUAUAGUGGUGCUUAUUUCAAAGAGAACAUAAAAAAAUAAAUACAUUUUUCAGGACGCUUCCCAAAUACCUACUCGAAGAAACAUAAAAAAAAAAAAAAAUUUGGUCGUGUUUAGUCGACUUUGGGAUGAUUAAAAAGUUGCCCGAGAGGGUAAAAAUGUAAAAUGUUACUAUAGGGCAUAGUCUAAAAAUGUAUAGAAUCUUAUUUCUAGAACAUGGUAUUAUUGUUUAUAAAACUAUAUAGGUACUGAAGACAUUUAUCGCAAAUUUAUGUUAUUAAUGUCCGUAGAGAAAAGUAAUGUUACAUACAAAUUUUGAAAUUUAUUUGAACAAUGAUCGAAAAUGCCGAAAAAUGUCUCGUAUGAAAACGAUAUAAAAUCGAAUUUCCCAAUAAAAAUAAGGUAUGAUAGUUAUAGCGGAAAUUCAAUCGGAUCAACCGUUUUAUCGUCACAGCCACGCGUAUUCGAUUUGAGUUAAAAAAACAAUCAGUAUUACCUAUACGUCUAGACAGAAUAUUCGUAUGCGAAUUAAAUACAUUCCAUACUUUCGUACGCGGCCCCGUUAUCGACUCGAAAGUUUUCCGGAUUCGCCGCGUCGUUUUAACCCGAGUGUCAAUAAUAAUAAUAAUAAUAUUGUUGUACGCCUAAUUUUUGGUGAUAAUAUCACAUUGUUCUCAACACGCUCGCGGGAAAAAUUCAAAAGCGAUUUUCGGAGACCGACUAGGUAACGUCCGUUACCAUAGUAUUGUCAGUACGAUUAUUAUAGCGGACGGUUUUUGUACGGACGGCAACGGAUGAUUCCCGAAGAAUCGGCGGCCUUUGUAGUAUAUUUAUGUAAAUUAGUCCGUCUACUGUAUAUUCUCCGACUAUCCCACCGCCCCGAAAACAGUAUUAAAAUAAGCAAAUAAGCAUUUUUCGGACGAAAAUUAACCGCAAUUUCAACACAAAAUUAAUAAUUCAAAAUCGCAUAGUGCCUACGGUUUUUCUUACAGAAAAAAAAAAACAAUUAUUCGCAAAUGCCCCCACUGAAAUUUCAUUAGCCUCCCCCGACAAAUAUGCGACCGUCAACCAAACGUUAUAUUAUCAAAUGAACAAUAAUACGCGUUUCUCCGUACAUUUCGCAUCGGAAUUACAGACGAACAAUAAAACUGAGCCGUAAAAAAAAUAUAAUAAUAAUCAAAUUAGAUUCUGGAUUCAACACUGCGCGUGAACAUUAUCGUGUCCUUGUUUCGUAUUAUAUAUUCACGAAAUAUUCGUUGUUCUCGUCGUAUCGCUGCGAAUAUUUCUGUUUGGAAAUUAUUAGUAUAAUAAUUGUUGUACAAUCGUUUAUCGGUUAAUAGUAAUAAUUAUGUUAUUAUGUGCCCGUCUUGACGUCAUAACGCGCGAAACAUUCACGGACAUUUUAAAAACCAAUUGUUUUUUAAAUGUACAUAAAAAAAAAAAAACAAACAAACAAACAUAUGAGGGUAAUUUUAUUUAUGCCCGUACGCAACGAUAAAUCAUCGCAAGCGAAUAACCACGCUGAGCGAAGUUCGAUUAUCACACGUGUUUUGGGAUGUCGUAAUUCAUAAGAUUCCAGUAAAAAAUAAUACUUUAAACGUUUUUAUAGGUAUUAAAAUUAAAAAAAAAAAAAAAUCGUCGCUCUAUACACGAUAUUUCGAUAUUAGUAUACAUGGAUGCUUGGUACAAGAAUAACUUGUGAACGUUGUAUCGGGUUUCGAGCUUUUUAGAAACAUAUUACAAUUUUAUCCACACAAUAAAACCGAAUAAAAACUAAAAGAAAAGAAACGGACACACUUCGCACGAUGGGUAUUUUGCUAAGGAAAAACGAUUCUGCAUGAAGUUCGGUUAAAAAUGUUUUAAAAUUCUUAUAGAAAAAAUUAUACAUUGCACUAAAUUUUUUUUUUUUUUUUUACCAAAAAGUACGACUUAUAAUGAACUUCUUGUUAAAUUUUCAAUCAUUUCUGUUUGGUCAAACAAGUCUAUCCACAGAGUAUAACUACCGAAUAAAUAUUACGUAAACAAAUAGCAAAAUUAAAAUUACAUAAAUAAAUAACUAAAAAUAGCCAAAAUAUUUUGAAAAUUUUACUACGUUUAGAAAAGGGACACAUACAUUUUCUGUCUGAAUUUCAAGUCUUUACGGAUAUUUUCAAAUGAAUAACAACAAAAAACAAAAUUGAAAAUAAUACUUUUCUUAAAUUUUCCCGUUUUUUCCCAAUAGUUUUGAAAACUACUUGGAAAAAUCAAAGAAUUACUUCACUUUAGUAAUACCAUAGGGAAAUUUCUCUUCAGAAAAAGUGCUACACUUGAACAUCGGAGCACGAUUUCUUUUAAAAUGUUUUAUACAGUAUAAGAACAAUUAAAAAUUAAACAUCAUUGAAAAAUCCAAUACACACCGCAAUUCGCUCAGAAUCUAAUAAAACAACGAAUAAAUAAAUGAACCGCUCAAAAACCGUUAAAAUAUAUCAUAAACUCAAAAUUGAUUAGAUUAAAUCAAUUUCAAUACCAAAAUGCAUAUAUAUCGAGUAUAGGUUGAGUUUUCUAUUUGAAAAUCAAAGAAUUCGGUAACGGUUUCACUCUCAACCCCAAACAUAAAAACUAAAAAAAAAUCACAAAAAAUGUGCUUGACAUAUUAUAACUGGUAUUGUCAACCCACGAUUUAUGCAUGCGCAUGCGGUGUACGAGCACAGGUCACCCAAAUUCACGAGGCUCCUCUCCCCCUUUCUAUAAACAAAUAGAAAGUAAACAUUGUACUUUUUAAAGAUAUUUUACGGUAGGCAUACGAUUAAGUAUUUAGGAAAGAAAUUAUCACGGAACAGAAUGUAAACAUAUUUUUCUAAUUACAUUAAUAAUCAUUUUCUGCACUUAAACGUAUAAAAACUUGAACGCGUUCUCCAUCUUUAACACAACAAACACUGAACUCUUUAGCAAUACUGACAAUCAAUAUCAUGAUGAUAUUGCAAAACAGUUAAGUUUGAUGAUAUUUUUGCCGUGCAUGAUUUUUUUUUCAAUUAAAAUUGGCCCCAAAAUAAGUUUGGCACAGGUGCUCUAUUUAUCAGGCCCUGACUCACGUUUCUCGAAUUUUACAAAAAGAUUAUAAAUUUAAAAAAUCCCACGUUAUAUCGAUUGCCCUGUUUAUUUUCUGUUUUUAAAUUGGGUUGGUGCGAGUACGACGCGUAUAAUAAUAAUACAAUUACUUAAUAUUAUAAUCUACAACAUUCUGUAUUCAAUGCGGUCCAUAUAGAGUUUUUGGUUAGAAAAGAGCUGAUACUGGGGAUGGGAGCGGCCACUGUUGUAAGUGAGAAGUUGAGAAGCUAUGAUACAUAAUGUUGUUUCAUUUAUAUCUGUAAGCAACGUUAAAUCAUUUGUUUGACGAAAGACGAUUCCGAGCGCAGUUCGGUAAUACAUAAUUUGAAGUGCCGUAAUUUUGUUUGCGAUUUUCGGUUAAAUUUAAUUUUAAAACGCUUAUUAAAAAAAAAAAAGUCGUCCGAUGAUUUUGAAAAUUUUACCACGUCUAGGUAAGUCCAAUAUAAGUGUUAUUACCAAAUUUCAAGUCUCUACGUGUAUCUAUAACCGAAUUACAGCAAAAAAACUUCCAAAAAUUUAAAUUCCGUAAGAAAGUGAAUCAAAAAGGCAACGAAAAAUGGCAUCUUGUGAUUUUUCGACUAAAUCAUUUUUUCUGGUAGAAAACGUCGUCCGUGUUUUUAUAAAAUAAUGACAUCGUGAAAUUGUACGUUUGUUUUCCAACGUUUUUUCUCACUACUUAAGUGCUUUUAUUUAAAAAAACGGCGUCAAAACUCAAAAAAAUUACCAGUUUAAAGUACCAUCUAGACAACUUGAACUUUCAGAAAAGUUGCUACACGUAAAUAUCGGAGCAAUUUUACUUGGAGAAAACGUGUUCACUGGCCAGAAGAAAGAAGAAAAAAAAAAUAAACAUCUUAGUAAAAACCAACAGCUCCCCUCGUUACGCUCGGAAUCUAAAAUGUCGUAGAACUCGAAAGUACAUACCGUAUUACGUAGGUGUACAAAUAACAUUAUUAUAAUUUUUUAAUUUGCCUAUACGACGGAAUAAUAGGUAAUUAAAUUUGGAAAACAACUAACGGUGUAUAAUAAUACAAUAUUUUUAAUGAACGCGUUUAAAAUCGUAGCACAAUACGAGCAAAUACGAUGGGAACAAAUAAACUAUAAAUAAAUAUUAAUAUGGAAAAGCGCCGUUUGAGACAGUAUACUAUAUAAUACGUUUCACGUGUUUGAGAUCCUUUAAUAACGGUUCGAGUAUAAAAAAAAAAAAAUUUAAAAAAUGAUAGUUCAUUAGCACCUACACUUUAUAACAUAAUUAUAAUCUAGACGGGCAUCUAUAAUUUACAAUGCGAUCAACGGGUAUUUACGCCCGGUGGCGUGACCACUGGAUCGGCGAUGUACGAUUGCGUACGUUUGUCCCUUUUGGCGGCCCGAUUGCGUACGUUUGUACGGCUGCGUACGAUUUCUGUACCUGACCCUUGCGGUCGCGUACAAAAGUGAGCGCAACGUUGCCAACACGCACUAACUCAGUUUUCUUUACUAUGUGUACACAAUUGUUAUGUGAACGUGUAACAUGCGGACACCUAUAGUGGCUAGUAAAUAUAGUAAAUUGACUGUUAAGUAAAAAUUCGUGCGUUAAUUAAUUAGAGGUAAUUUUAAGUUGUAUCGUAUAUCGAAAUCAUACGAUUGGUGUACAGUCAAUCGAAAACGAUAUAUUAUCAUUUAUAGUACGGUACGAGUGGAAAUUAUAAAUUGCAUUUGUAAUUGCAUAUCCUAUCGUUUUCAUAAAUAGAAAUGGAUGAAAUAUAUACAGAAAACGUAAAAUAGUAUACACACACACACACACACACAUGGCAUGUAUGUGUGUGUGUAUAUAUACGCAUACAUACAAUACACGCAAUUACGGUACAUGAACAGGGGGAUAGAGCCUCCCCCGGUCCUCCCUGGUCACGCCGCUGUUUACACCCAUUAUAGUGAUAGUGGCGUUUCGGACGUUCAGGAGGACAUUAAACCGAUUUCAGAUUAAGGGUGUGCGACUCGUUGGAGCAGGCCGUUCUGAGGGGACGGAAUCGGGGUAAAAAAACGGGGUAAUUGCCACCCCCACCCACCACUCCGCCUCUCACUCUUGAGAUUUCAAUGCCUGCACGGCAAUACGAUAAUGUACCAAGAUCGAACACGUUUGCUUUUAUAUAGGUAUAUGAAAAAAAAUAUACGUUCAUUUUGUUUAAAACAAAACGAAAAAAAACCUUUACCCCGUUCCUGGAAAAACGUCUGCGGACGACCUUGGACUCGUUAAUAUCGGCGCGGUUCUAAAAUGAAUACGAAAAUUCCUCCGCGUCAAGACGCGUAAAUAAAUAUUUAUUUGCAAUUACUUUGCAAUUCGCGGACCGAAUGUUUCGAUAAAAAUAUCACAAUAACCUCACAUUGCGAUUAUGCCGAGUUUACGUACGCCGUGCAGCUAUUUAUUGUGUUCAAUGCGCGCGCAUUAACGAUACGUGAAUUAAUUAAAACCAAUAACUCGGUCAGAGUUCCGUGUACACGACAUUACGGCGAACGAUUUAAAAUUAUUAAUUGUUAUUAUCGAAAUAUCUGAGAAAAAAAAAAUACGCGGAUAACAGCGUUUUUCAAUAUUUUUCGCGUAAAAUGUUCUUUCUUUUUUCUUUUCUUUUUUUUUUCAUGUAACCCUAUCGCGAUUUUAUUUCUAUCGCCGGGCACGUUGCACGGCCGGAAAUCGUCGAAAAGUCCGCGCUACAGUCUUCCAACCGUUCCCGUAAAACCGUACGGGGCGGUCAUCCAAACGGUAACGGCCGGCCGACGGGCGUCGCGUGCACGCGGGGCGUACCUCGCAGCGCAUCAAAACGCAGAGCGUUUCGACUAAAACCCCACCGGCUCGUGGGGUUCUCCAUAGUCGCCGUGUGAAAAUCGUAAAAUCGGUUUCGCGUUCGGAUAACCGCCGCAAAAUAUUUAUAGUAUUUCGUAACGCUGUGUCGGCGGCGUCUCGCGCCGGUCGGCAUGUGCGAGUGUAACAGUGUUCGCGAUUCAGCGCGUUACUUUUCGAUUUUCGACGUGGCAAAAAGCCGGGUUGAUUUUUUGUUUUUGUUUUUUUUUUUUCCCGGAGGGUGAAGUGGGCGGGCCACGGUCCAAACGUGAAAUUUAUCACCGACUACCAACGAUUGUCCGGGGGGGGAGGGGGAUGGGGAAAACGUGAUGGGUAAAAUACCAAAGGACCCCCUCCCCGAACCCCUCUGGCAGCGUGCCUUUACGAGAUUUCGCCGGUAAUAAUCAUACGCAACCCGCGAGUUUUCAAAAACAUUAACGCUGAAAAGCGCACAACGUUCGAUUUCGUCACGGAAUCAUAACGUCGCGGUACUCGCGCCUAAGGGUUUACCCGCAUAUAUUGUGUUAUCAAAAUCGCAUCCGUUCGGUUUUACAAUGUCAUUUUCGUAAAACGAACAGUCAACGAAAGAAUAUUGUUAAUCAUUUUGUAGCGUGCUAUAGAAACUGUAGACAUCGAUUUCGGACACGUCCGCGCUUCGGCAAAGCGGCGACUACGACGUGACGCGGCGCAUGCCUUUUCUUUGUUUCGGCCGUAACGGUCGUAUUCGCCCGAGUAAUGAACGCGACCGAUAAGGACACAAACUCGCAGUAAUCGAUAUUAUUUGCCGUACAGUUUUUAAUUCGAUUACCAUUACAUUUGUGUACGUUCAAUAACGUUUUAACCGCUCGGCCAGCCGACGCUCGUAGGCGCGACUGUAAUUCGUCAUUAUCAUCAUUAUUAUUAUUAUAAAUAUUAACAAACGCGGUCGAAAACACGCGUACGAAAUAUGUAAAAACCGGACCGUGUAACAUUGUUGACAUUGUACGGACAGCAAUUAACACAGUAAUUUAAAAAUUAUAUUUUAUCUGUUUAAACGCGGUUCGAAAAUCAUUAUAUUUUUUUUUUUUUUAGAAUUUUUUUUUUUUUUUUACGUAUAAUAUUUAUUUUUUUUUAUUCCAUACGAUUGCGCUCGUAGCGACAAUAUCAAUUUAAUCCAAUACAAUAAUUAUUAUAAUCUCUCUGUCUCUUUGUUCUCCAGUGUUUUAUACGCUAUCGCGACCCGUUGCCCGCGACACGCGCCCGCAUGCAGACUUUCGUCUGUGUAUCACCACGCCAUUAACCCGAGCUAAUGCCGAUCUCCGUCUCGUGUUCCGAUUUUUUUAUUACAUUCUUCCUGACUUGGUCAAUUUGUUCAAUUUCGUUUUGGCCAAUCCGGCGGUCGUCUGCCAUUGGGUUUCCGUUCCGGCGCCCGUUAUCUCCACACGCGCAGACCGGCCCGCGCGGUUCUGCCGCACCUUAUAGUUCUAUAAUAAUUGCUAUCCUAUAUCCGGUUUUCUGUACAACUGCCGUGUAUUCCAAUAGAUAUUAGUAGUGAUUGAUUUGCGCAUCCUUCACGUACGCUUCCUCCGUCCAAUCGAAAUUCAAGACUUUUUACGUACUCUGCGUAAAACGUAUGAUUUUACAAUUGUAUUACCUGUUAACUACAGAGACAUUUCCCCGCAAUUUCGCAACACCUAUAUUUACGUCGCGAAUUUCGCCUUUCGAGUAUAAUUCACUAUGCCGAAUACCUGCCCGGCAAUUUCUUUUUGAAAUGCAUAACUACCUCCCCUCCAGGGAAGGUUAAUCCCGAUUCCGCCACUAAUUCAAUUGUCGCUACAAUAGAUAAAUAUUAUACACUUCCUUUUUCACUCUGAGCGUUUUGUACAACAUUCUGUAAAACACUGUACAAUCACGAUUAAAUCAAACACGCGCGUGACGUCGCCAAUCCGUUUUCCCCGGACUUGGCGGAAACGACAAAUGAAUAUAACAUCGUAAUAUUAUCCUGCGAAUCCCGUGAUAAAUAGUGGUUCUUCCGAGUCUGGACAACAAUUUCUACUCUGCCCGUUUAUUUAAUCACGACCAUAUAAAUAUCGACCUUGUCCUUCGACGCAUGCGCACAACAAUAUUAUCAAGUUCUAUUGUGUACUCUACACGCUUAAUUUAUACUAGACAACAUUUAUUAUUAUUGUUAUUAUUAAAGUCCUGUUGCUGCAGAUGUGGAAGUAGGUAAUUUCCUGGACGGUCGCAUACCCAUAACUACCUGUGUUUGACUAUCGCAACUCAUGACGUAUGGGUAAAUGAUCGGCGUACUGCUGCAGUUGGCUGCUGUGUACGACGUGCGCCGAACGUAAUUUUACGCUAUUAAUCUUUGUUCGGAUUACGGGGGGGAAAAAAAAAAAAAAAAAAAAACCCUAUAAACGGACUUGCGAAAAUACAACUAGGAUCGCCGCAUAAAAUUCGGUUUUACUCGUGUAUAUUAUUAUUUAUUUCCCACGAUUAAUACGUUAAUAAUGCGUAUGAAAUAAUUACUAUUGUGUACCUACUUGUGCGUGCAACAUUAACAUAAAGACGCGUCUUUGUUUUCAAAUACAAAAAUAUAAUAUUAUAAUAAACGCUCGUCCAUAGUAAUAAUAAAAAAAAAUGUGUUUUUUCCGUCUUGUAUAUAACAAAAAAAAAAAAAAAAUAAAUAAAACACGGGUUGAAAGUACGAUAAUGUGUACAUGCGGUUCAAGAUUUAAUACUGGAUAAUUUGGAUGUUAUCUAUAAUUUUAAAAUUGUACAUUAUUUUUAAGUUCUCGUGUUGCUUGUAAUUACAAUUAUUGUGUCAUUGCGAUGACUCGCAUUCGAUUUGUGUAUGAUUAAUGCGGACAUAAAGGUAAUUGGGAAGGUUAAAAAAAAACAAACAAAAUCAUUUCAAAUGAUAUUAUUAAAUUACACGACAUAAACUGCUUACGUUGCAAACGAACUGGAUUUAGACAUUUGUAUUUCAAUUUUAUUUCACUGGCCCGUCAGGACGUAAGUAUAAUAUAAAACGAUUUGAAAAAAAAUGUGUAAUUUAUGAAAAAAUUAUUUGCAUCAGCCGGGAAUCGAACCCGGGCCGCCCGCGUGGCAGGCGAGCAUUCUACCACUGAACCACUGAUGCUGGUAUAAUACUUUAGGAAAAUGAUUGUAUUAAAUAUUCUUUACUUCGAUAAAAUAGCGUAUUAAGAAAAACUCGAAAUAUACAAGUCUGAAAUGCUCAAACAUGGAAUAUGAAAAACUGAAAUCCAGAGUUUACGGACAUCAAAAUCUCGAAUGUGUACAAAUCUGGAAACCUGUUCCGAGUAAACUCCUGUUACUAAGGCACAUGGAAGUUAACGGUUAUAACGAGUCGGACUUGUUCACAGACAUUAAAUAAUUAGGACACACCAAAGUUCCUAAGUUAAAUCCGUGUGCAGAAUUGUAUUUUAAACGUGCAAAUUUGGUUUCUGAUAAAUGAUAAAAAAUAAAUUACGUGAGACGUUGGUAUAGGCCAUAGGGCAUAAUAAACACUGUUGUGUCUCGUAAGCAGGGGCAUAAUUAAGGGGCGGAGACACGGGAGACAGAUCCCCCCAUGAGCGGUAUUUAUAUAGUACAUUGUUAUUUUAUACAAACUGGAAGUUCAAAUGCAUUUGAAAUGCAUACAUUUUCAAAACUAUUAUAGAAUUGAACAAUUAUACAUGUUUAAUUGUAUUGGUAGGUACCAAAAUAUUCAUAGUUUAUUAUUAUACUAGCUAAGCGAUAUUCUUAAUAGUUUUUGUCAAAAUAAAUGGUAAACUUUACUUUAAGCUUUGCAUACUACGCGUUCGAACGUGAUUGGGACGUUGCGAUUUUGAAAACGCAAAACGAUGCCAUUUAAUAGAAAACUUCCGGACCACGGUGAUGAGUUAUUAAAUGUUGGUAAGGGGUUGUGUGGGACUAACCUCCCACGUGAUUGCCAUGAAGAUAAAUUUUGAUAUCCCUCCCCAUUAAAGCAUUCUCGAUUACGCCACUGCUCGUAUGGAUAUGGAUUUCAGAAAGUUUUCUCAUUGUGCUUAUUUGACAGAAAUAAAACGUACAUAAUAUGAAUACUGAGGCACCGUUUUUCACUUUUAGCACGGGUACUUAUGUCAGUUGGUCAGCAUCAUUUUAGUAUUUUAAGUAUAUAUAUAGGUAUACGCAUAAUUUCGUUCUCGUAAGCAUUUGAAGUUACACGAUAAAAAUUUAUUCGAGUACAAUGUUCAAUUAAAAAUAAAAAUACACAAUACACAACACACAAAAACGGCGUUUAACCGAGAUCCGCUCAGCAUCGUAUUUUUUUCUUUUUCAUCGACUUUUGCCGUUAGUACAGUGACUAUUGCACUGUAUUGUAGAGUGCGUUUCUCUCAAAGACCCUCGAAAUGAAGCCCGGGGAGGGGGGGGGUAUGCAAUCUUUUGUACUCAUGGCGUUGUUAUUAAAUAUGUACCGUCACAUUUCUUAUUUCUUAUUUUUUUUUUAUUUCGGAAACAGUAUAAUUUCGUCUAAUAUGUUAUUUAUUAUUGUGUUAUUAUAGUAAUCGAUUACUGAUUGUUUUGCCAAGACUAUUGCUCAAACACAAAAUAGUCGUGGAGAGGGGGUUCGAGUUUAUAGCGACAGAGUUCUGUUGCUCGCGUAUGUGUUUUCGUUUUCUUAUUGUUAAAUACUAUUCAAUUAGUUAUAUCUAUUACUCUUGUUGAAAAAAACUAUUCAAUCGUGAUGUUGUUAUACACUGUUGCAAAUACAAUAAUAAUUUUGUUGUUGGUGAACGACGGUGAAAAGGUUAAACGGUUUAAUUCGUUAAUCGCCCGGAACCCUAUUCUGAAAAUAUAAAAAUGAUACGGAAUUCGGUCGAUGCAAUCCGCAGUUGGGCGUCACGCAUUUCAAACGGUCCGGAUAAGUGUAUUGGUUUAUACUGAAAACGUCUAUGUUUAUAUAAUAAUUUUAUCACAACAGAAUAACGUUCAAUAAUUCGACCGAAAGGCACGCACUGUGUGUCAACGCUGUGCAACAUGACGCGACAAAACGUUAUGAUAAUAUGCGACGGGAUGUGAUCGUCGUGCGAUGAGUAUACAAAUAAGGUACGUUUGGAAUCGUUUUCUCCCUGCCCCGCCUCCUCCUCCCUCCCCGUCUAACUGGGGGAAAAAAGAAAAAAAAAAGCGCGAUUUCUCGUGUUGUUACAUCGCGGGCGCCGCCGGACGCGUGAAAUUAUAGUAUUGCGACCGCCGUUUACAGCAGUAAUACAAUUCGCGGUGUUGCUGUUGUUGUAAUUAUUAUUAUUAUUAUUAUUAUUAGGUAUUACGAUCCCGACUGCGCGGCGUUCCGCGGUGUUCCACGGUCGGCCAAUUCGUGAAGAGGAAAAAAAUAAAACAACACGACCAAACAUCAUACGUGUUUUAUAACCGGGCGGUCGCGGUAACGCGACACCGCGUUGUUGUGCGCCCGAAACACACGUGUAGAUGUACGCGGCGGCUGUUUCUGACGUCGGACGUUCGCCACCCGUCCGUAAUUAGCCGCGAUCAAACAAUUAUCAUACAGGCAGGUACCCACCGGUAUUGCGUAGACGCGAAACUGACGCGUUUAAGGUGUGGGUAACACUGCAGCGAUAACGUUGUUACGACAAUCCGACUAUUGGUACGGGUACGAUAAUUAUAACGCGUCGAGGAUCCAGCGAAAUAGGCCCCGGAAAAACGCGCGGUAAUUUUAUCGAUAAUGGCGGGCGUCCGCCGUAAUUGGGAUAGUGCGUGUACAGUCGAAUAUCGCGAUUUUUUUUUUUUUUUUUAGAUUCCGGGCAGAAGCUUAUGGUUUUACAAAGGUGUAUUUUUUUUUUCAUCUGUGCGCAACUUUUCUACCAGAAAUCUUGCUCCGAUUUACAAUGACGGCAAUUUUUCUAAGAGGAAAUCGGACUAGGGGAGGUACUUUAUAGACGCAAUUUUUCGACAACCCCAGGAGUUUUCCCAAUAAAUUUGAAAAACCGGGGAAAACACGGAGGAAAACGGGAAACUGUACGAAAUGUAGGUUAUUAGUUGAAAAAGAAAAAUAUUACAGCCAUUUUUUUCCUGUAAACAACUUUUCUACCAACGGUUUUGCUCCGAUUUACAGUGAUAACAGUUUUUCUAAAAGGAAAUCUCACUUGAGGGGUACCCUAAAAAGAGCAUUGCUCGAUUUUCCCAGAAAUUUUCCCAACAAAUGGGAAAAAUCAGGAAAAAAACAUGGGAAAACCGUAGGAAAACUGUAGGAAAACCGGAAAACAGGUACUAAAGAAAUUAUCAAUGAAAAUAUAAAUGCCUAUGUAAUUUUUUUACCAUAAUAUGGCUUAUAUUAUAUUGUUGAAAAAGCAACACUAUCAACUGAACUCCACUCAGAAUCGAUAUUUCGUUGUAGCAAUGGUUUAUCGUUGCUUACAGAUUAAAUGUAUUCAAUUGCUCCUGCACUAUCUUCCUAAUUUUUCAUCUACAACAUGCAGUGGCUGCAGCCACGUGCGAAGUACGUCCGUCUUUUUAAAAAUUGCAUUUACAAUAUUAAUUGUUUUACGAAAGUUUCGCCGUACGGUGUGUCUGUAAAAAACUUUUCCAUUAUGGAUUUCGCUUCAAUUAAUCGUAACUUAAUGGUGAUUUCCGGGGUGGUGAUCGUCUUUUGAUUUUCGUCUUGUGACUUUAUUUUUGAAAAAAAUUGUCAAAAAAUGCCCUAACGGUUUCUGUAAAUUUCGACUUUAUCGGAGCAAGUUCUAAUAUAUUCUGUGUGAUUUUUCCUUUUUUUUUUUGACCGUAAACAACUUUUUACCAGAAAUCAAGCUCCAAUCAAAAAAUUACGACACCUUUUUUGUUGCAUUUAGAAUUUAGCGGAAUUUACAUGAGGUUUCGCAGAAUAUUUUAAUUAGAUUUUUCGGUACUUGGUACAAUUUUCAAAACAUUCUCGCUAUUUUUGAGCUAUUUAUAGGCAUUCGACGUUUCCUAAAUUAUUUAAUUGUUAUUUGAUAAAUAUGAUGAUAUGGAUACACAAAUGUUUUACUCGACAAAAAUCAUAAAAAAAUCACUAACAGUUUGUAUAAUACUAUUCGAUUUAUAUUUACGUAAAUUAUAUAUUGUUUUAGCCCCGUAAAAAGGCUUGAUAAAAGUUUCAUCACAAGUUGUAUUUAAUAGUAAAACAAAUUAGUUAUUUUAAAAAAUUCGUGUUUAUACGACGAUUCCCGAGAAAAUUAUACUCGAUUAUUAUUUUACUAGUACAUUAAAUACUUUGUAUAAAAUGUGUAUAUUAAUAUAAAAAUGUCGCGUAAAUGUAAGAAAAAAAAGAAGGUGUAUGCAUCAGCCGGGAAUCGAACCCGGGCCGCCCGCGUGGCAGGCGAGCAUUCUACCACUGAACCACUGAUGCUUAUAUUAAGGUCGUUGAAUUUUGAUUCUCUCAAAUUGCAAGACUAAAAAAUUAAAAAGAUUAAUAAAUACGAGCUAAAUAAUAAAAUAAUAAAGUAAAAACAAAAUUAUUAAAAUAAGAGCUGUUCCGGGAACUCGAAAAAAGUUUAAAAAACAUAUCGAAGUUGUUUAUUUUUUUACCAGAAUGAUUCCGUAAAAUUGUGCGUGGCAUUUAAGUAAAAUUUAGGGCAAACUUUAUUCAAAAUAUCGCGAUCUUUCGUAUAGAAUAGGUAUGGGUAUGACAUUUUGUACUUCUUCUCAUUCUAUUUCCCCUUCUUCUACUUCUCAUAGAACAAACGAGUGUCAUUUGAUCAAGAAAGAAUAUUAGAUUUGAACCGAUUAGUCUAUCCGUGUGUUAUUUAUUUAAAAAUGUUCGUCAUCUAUCGUUUUCAAUCCGACUGAACGCCGUGUAUAUCUUAUCAAUAUUAUUUGUUUGUUUAUAUUCUUAUGUUUGUUGGUUGUCCAUAGGACACAUCGAGAGACAAUUAUAAUGGUUAUUUUCAUUUGUUAUUUUGGUUUUAAAGUGUAUACUUUUGAUAAGAAAUAUACUAGACAUACCAUCAAAUGUGUAGGUGUCGCAUCUACACAAUAGUGUAAAAUUUAUGUAAAAAAGUGUACACUUUAUGGUAAAACGAACAACGCAAUUGACUAUUUAAGCUAAACUGCCUCCUAUGAGCUAAAUACAUUUCACCUCUCAAUGAAUAUCACGAUGGAAUUAUAGAAUUUAUAGAUUUAUAAAAUUAUAGAACAACUAGAAAGAGUCUAGUAUACGGCUGUUGGUUUACUAUGUUGAUGCACAACAGUUUUUCGCCUCACAAACGUACAACAAUUUGUUGAUUCAGAAAUAUUGUUCCAUACCCCCUAUCCCUGCUGUUAAAUGCACUCUUGUCCGUGGUAACUUUAAAAAAGUAUCAAAAAUUAUCUGCAUCAGCCGGGAAUCGUAUCCGGCCGCCCGCGUGGCAGGCGAGCAUUCUACCACUGAACCACUGAUGCUUUGAUACGUAUGCGCUGUAUCUGUAAUGCAAUUUAUAAGCAAUGUUCGUAUUUUAAUCGUGCAGGUAACAAUAAAUUGCCGCAAAAAAAAAAAAAAAUAAAAAAAAUACCGAACAUUUUCGAAGCAAUACAAAUUGAAUAAAUCAACAUUACUUUAUAUAAUCAACGCAGGGUUAAGCCAUCCGUGAGCCCUAGGCACUGAUUGAAAAAAGUUUCUUUUAUAUUAUCGUAGGUUGGCAAAUUUCGGGGGCUCACACGCGUGCCAGGGGCGCUGGUGAUUGCCAAUACUCGUAUUUGGUAAACGAAUUAUGGUUGAUUGAUUGCGAUGCGUGCGUCACCUGCGGUGAAAAACUGAUAAAGCUGAUAAUAUUAAAAUGAUAGCAUUGAUUAAACAAUUACUAUACAAAUUGUUUCGUAAUUUCAUAAAAAUGCGUUAGAUAUGAAUAAAAAAAAAAUUAUCUAUACGUACGGUGUAAAUGUAAAUUGACCUAUCAACGAGAUCGGUGUGUGUUACGAUAUUUUUAAAAAUCGGUUUUUAAACGUAAAUUGAUAAAACUCAAUGUUGUUGAGGUACUUACAUAUUUUAUGCAUUUAAUGUGCUCACAUUAAGUACUGCGAAAAUUGAUAUUAUUAGGUACUAAACAUGCAAAUACACCGAUCUAAAUGAACUCUAUUCAAAUUAAUUUUCCCCUUCCCCGAAUAUUUAUUAUUAUUAUUAUUUUUUUUUUUCGAAACACACCGAUAUCAUUGAUAUCGUUCAAUUUACUUAAUUUAAAAUUAAAAUUAAAUUGUUAUUGUGAUAAGGUGUGAUUGGGUUCAUAUUUUCCAAAAAACAUAAUUACUAGGUCUACAGUCAUAGCACUGUUCCGGUGGCAAAUGUAUAUUUAACAAUUUUUUAUUUUCUAACAUGUGGGCGAAAAAAUAUUCCGCAUCGUAGCGUUUUAAUGCGUGUAGUUACGCCGCUGAAUGCGUAUACAAUUUAUGAUAACAUAAUAAGACACUAAACGUCAGUCGCAAAUUCACGAUGUACCUAACACAACUUUGAAGCCUUUGAAGACAUUUUUGCAAGGUGCAAGACGACGCUUUUUUUUUCUCAUCAUUACUUCAAAUAUAACGCUCAAAAGUCAAAGUAUCAUUUAGAAAUAAUGAACAUUUAAACAUUUUUAAAUGACCAACAUUUUUUCGAGACAUUUUUAUCGUUUUUUUUUUUUUUGAAAAACGAAAUAUUUAAUAAUUUCCAUCAAAUGUUUGGAAAACUAAUAAUAUAAAUACGAAUUAAUUAAUUAUUAACGAUAAUUUAUUUUUUUGGAGUUCCGAUAUUAAUACAUGACACUAUAAUUGUCGCGGAUUCGUCUUUAAUGUUUAAUUGUAAUUUAGGAGUAUAAAAAGAUAUCCAUUAUUAUUUAUUCAAGAAGAAAAAAAAAUGUAAAAAAUUUUCUGCAUCAGCCGGGAAUCGAACCCGGGCCGCCCGCGUGGCAGGCGAGCAUUCUACCACUGAACCACUGAUGCUUAUAUUUAUAUCAGAGCAUUUUAUUGUACUUAAAAUAUUUAUUGCCAAAUGAUGAAAAAUUUAAUCAAUCGUCUUUAUAAUAAAUUAUUUAAUUAAUAUGUACAUUUGAAUACCUAAGCAAAACUGGAGACUUAUUUUUCUUCUUAUCGAAAGUAAAUCAUUGUACGGUCUAAAAAUACCUACACAAUAUAAUAGAAAAUAUGUAUAGGUAUAUUCUAUUAAAUCUUUGAUCCCAGGGAAGAUGAGCGCAGACCUGACGAGAAGGAGGGGCCGCCGGGGGUGUAGGAUGUAGCCCUAGGGCCCGAUCAUAGCAACUAGAUCCAACCUUUUACUUAAUUUUUACAUUAACAUAAAAAUCAUUUGUAAUGUAAUUCAAUUUCAUAAUAUUCAACUUUAAAAAAUCAAUACAUAUUAUAUUAAAAAAUAAAUAAUUAAAUGUUAAUAAUAUAAUAAUUAUUUAGUAUCACAUUAUGUGACGUGUUAGUAACAAUAUGAUUUUUGCUUUUAAACACAUUAUACCUCAACCUUAAACCUGCUUCUUGUUGUACAUAUUUCGAAGGAAGGCGUACAAUCCUCUUUCUCGGAAAUUAUUAUAAACAAAACCCUUUUUGAAAAAAAAUCCUAAACGCGCUACUGGUUAUACCUGUACCCACCAUUAUAUUAUAGAUAGUAGGUCUAUCAAUUUACGUUCCCUGUUAGAUUGUGAAUUCCAUUCGGUUUUAACUUUUUUUUUUUUCACAACGAUAUUUUUAAAUUUGCACAGUUUUUCAAAUUUAAGUUUUAACUCCGUUCCGCGUGCCUUUCAAUUGAGCUUACUAAUUAAUAAUUGUUCAUUGUACAUUAGGUAUCUACUCGACACUCGUUUCGUUGAUAUUAAUAAAUUAUAUGACAUCAUUUUAAAACGUGCAUACUGUGUAUAUUAAAGUGGUAUUUAAAUUAUUUAUGUGGUUCGUUUAUGUAGGUCAGUUGCUGGGAAUCUCAAUGUCCUUAUACUUACCUUUUUAAGACUAUUUUUAUAACCGCUUUGUAUUAAACAACGCGUUAUUGAAUACCGACGACAGUAACGAAUUUAAGGUGAACUUUAACUUUGAACUUGGCUUUUAAUCUAUGAUUUCUUUAACGCCGUGCAGAGUUUUCCCGAACAUAGAGACUGUCACACAUAGGUGGCGCUAGGAUAUUUUUUAGGGGAGUGCAUAGUAUACACGCUGACUUCUAAAUAAUGUUUAAAUUAUUCUAGUUAAAUUUUUUUACAAAAAAAACUUAUAAUUGAUUUACAUACGAGUUUGAGUAUCAAUGAAGAUAAAACUAUAGUUUAAAAGACAGUCAUGAAACAGGUUAUUUAAGUACUAUAGAAACCAAUUACCAGAUGACAAACAAAAAUAAUGUGCCAAAAAUCCUUCAUAAGUUGACUACUGGUGCUAAUAAAUUAGAUCGGACUUUGAUCGGACUACUGAAAGAUUAUUACCUGGCUGUGGUGGACGUAAUCAAGAUAGGUGCAACUCGUCCAACAAUAACAUACAAUAUUAAACAUUCUUCAGUACUCUGAGACGAGCCAAGAUCUUGAAUAGAGCCAGUAUGGGUGAUGACCGAUUUUCUGGAUUAUGGAUUCUAGAUUCAUCGAUUAUAUAUAUUGAGUAUAUGAGUGUACAUAGAAAAAGACUUGAAGAGGAUACCAAAUUCAUUGAAAAUGCGAUUGAGGAAUUUGGAAAAAAUUAAAUAACGACAGCAUGAUGGUUGAUGGAUGGUUGACCGACUCUGUUAACUCUAUUGAGUUCUACUCCUCAGGGGUAUUUUUUUUCAACUCAAUAAAUAGCAAAUUAAUUUUUAGUUUCAUUUUUUUGGGGGGGGGAGAGAUACUGAAUUUAUACUCAAAAUUAUCGAAUGCCCUUCCUACCGUAAUUUACAUUGAUCAUCCUAAUUUUCAAAAAAAAUUACACACUCUAGGUUUAAUCAUUCACUACAAUUGACUAUAAUUUCAAUUUUACAAAAACAAAAUUUUCUCUUAUAAGAUUUAAUAAGUUAAUCGAAUUAACAAAUUAACUUACGUAUAACUAAUUAAUAAAACAAUUCAAUUUGAACGUGCUCAAUUUGUGUUCGAUUAAUAUAAUUUAACUAAGUUAAUAUAUUGUCCUUUAAUUUGCCUUAUUGAAAACAUACAGAAAAGAUUAUAAAUCAAUGUUGUAAAAUAUAUGUACAAAUUAAAAUACCAGGAAACUGAUUGAAAAAUACAAUAGUUUAUAUUAUACUUGGAGGUUUUCUGUAUUCAAAUUAAUUGACUCGUAGUGAUAAAACUGUUUUGGUACUAAUUAGGCAUUUGAAUACGUGUAUAUAUAAAUUGAUUAGAAUAAAAUUAAUAGUAUACGUGCUAUUAUGUUAUAUUGUUUAAAUAUUUACAAUUAUGAACGGUUUUUCGAUAAGAAAACGUUUAGGUAUUUUACAAUAUGAAUCAUAGGUAAUCCAUAACAUUGACGUGAAUUGGAAUUUUGUGUACCACGUUCUUUAAAUAUUGAUGCCCUUAAUCAUUUUUAAACCGUCUAUAAUACAGUGCGAAGUGUAGUGUGUAUAGGAAAGGCGUUAUUUUAUUUUUCAAUAUAUAAACUAUUGAUAACAUUAUUAUUACUCUGAAACUUAAUUCGUGUGGUAAUAACAAAACUACGCGCAGUAAUAAAAUUAAUAUCGAUUUUUAUGUUACUUUUAUUUUUUUCGAUACAACUAAUAACAAUUGCUCGUAACGUAUUAUAAUAUUAAUAGCUACAGCAAAGUAAAAAAAAAAAAAUAUUUUAAAUAGGUGCAAUUAUCAAAAUAAGUAAUAUUGAUAUGAACGAUAAAUAAUGUCCUAUCUAUAGGAAUCGUUUUUAUAGUAAAUAUAAUUUGUAUAAAUAUUUUUCAUUUCUAUAUUGAUAAAAUAAGAACUGUUGAUCGAAUACGUUUUACUAAAUACCAUAAAAUAAUUGCACUGUUAUAAAUUGUUGAAACAAUCUUCAAUCGGUCACUACAAACAAACGAUAACAUAUUUAAUAGCAUACUGAUGUACCCAUGUUUUAUAUUAAUACGAUAUAAAUAAUUUAUUGUGGUUGAGUAUGCAAUUUUGAUUUUGAAAAAUCCGGACGUAAUUCGCACCGCGGGUAGGUCUACUGUUGUAGGAAACUGGGAAGUUGACAAGGAAUAGGAUAUAGGGUAAUUUUUAGGUGGUAUAGGUACUAUAAACAACGAUAAAUUAUUGCAAUCGAAAAAUGGUUAUGCGUAACCCGCUAAACUAGUAAGUAUAAUAUUAUAGUCGUGUUUCAUUUCUCUUGUAGCUGUACUAACCAAUAAAAAUACAACAAAACUAAACAAAAAUACAACCGUAAUUUGUCGUUACAAACCAAUAAACGCCAGUAUUUUUUUAAUUUUUAGAAAACUGUUGGAAAUCUAAAAAAUUGUUCAGAAAAAUAUCAAUAGGGCAAAUUUCGCUUCUUUAAAGUAGCUACUUAUCUAAUGCAUGAUCGAAUCGGACAUUUUUUUCCUAUAAUCGAAAAAGUGUUUUCCGAGAAAUAAAACACAAACAAACAGAUUUUUCUCUUCGCUCAGAAUUUAAAACAAGUAUCCCACAUUAAUGUAAUAUAUAAUAUCCAAGAGAGCGUUACUAUAGGAGAGCGUUUAUUGAAAUUAAUAAACUAAAAAAAAAAGUGCAUAGCGCAAUUUUGUGUUUUAAUGAUAUAUUUUGUUGAAUUUAUAUAUUUUGCUUUCGACACAUCAUCGUGUAAAUUGUAUGAUGUGUAAAUUGCAAUUAUAGUUAAUUAAUUAUUUAUUAUAUUUGUUUAAUUAUUUUAAUUACUGUACAGCUUAACCUUGUAUGCUGCAGUGUUUUCGAAAUCGAAAUUAAAUAUUGCGCAUCUGUUUGUUCUCGAUAAGAAAGAAAAAAACAAAAGUCGAUUGCGUUAAAUCAGUUAAUUCCGAAAAAAAAAAAAAAUUAUUGCACGAGUGCGUAUACAGCCGCUGUAUGUCGUCGGAUAUCGUGUUACUUUUUACUCAGGUAGAGCUAUAGAAGUAUACAUCGUCGUGUAAAAAAUACAUUAUAUUUUGUCAAAUUUACUUGAUUUCACACAUUACCGAAUUUUACAUUUAUUAUUAUAAUUGUUGUAAAACUCUACUGUCUAAAUCGACACAUAAAUUCGAGAUUAUCUAAAUAUUAUGCGAAUAAAUUUCCAAAUAAAAUAUUUUAGUAGGUGAUAAAUUGUUACAUAAAUAUUCCAAUUAUUAUUGUUGAUUUUUAAAUUGAAUCCAUUAUUUUUCGAUUACCGUCAAUCGAUUUAAAUUUAAUUGACAAAUUUUAUCUGUAAGAAAUUUUAAGUAAAUUGUAUACAUUAACAUUUGUAUGUUUGUUUACGUUUGUUAGCAUUUAAAUUUGUUUAAUUAUAGUAUAGUAUUAUAUCAAUAAUUGUUCAAGAGUCUUUUAAAUGGGGUUUUUUUUUUUUAGAUUUGUCCAAGUUUGAAUAUGUGUUAUUGUAGUCCAAUUUACAUUCUGUAUAGUUUCAAUAGUUUAUAACCGUCAAACUCAAUUAUUUCGAUUAACUAUAAUACAAAUAUUCGAAAAUAGUGUAACUUUUUGAUUGCGGUCAAAAUAUAUUUUUAUAGUUUUAUGCACACAGUACAGUCUAGAACUUACAUUUAUGUGUGGCCAUCACAGUGUGUAUGUCAUGAUCUACUGCAUGUACCUAGGUACAUAUAUCGGUCCUAUGUAGGUAUAGUAUACGCAGGUAUGACGCGGUGUAACGUCAUGGUGUCAAAUAUAAUAUGGCAAAAUGAUGUUAGGUAUAUACUGCUACGCAUUGUCCCAUUUUCAAGUUUUUGCAUGUGUCGCGGGAAAUAUUAUACGUAUAUUAUAAUAUACAAUAUAUCCACCUAUUCGACCUCGUCCAAACAUCGUCUAUGCCUAUGUAGUUUGACGGCAACGGUACACGCCCGCAGGCGAUAGAGUACCCGAGCAUUAGGUACCUAUAGGUUUAUAAUACAACAAUAUUGUAUAUUAUAUAGGCAUACAUAUAGUAAACAUCAUAAUAUAGAAAGAGAGAAAAAAAAAACAACGCUACAAUCGUAUAUAAUAGCAGUGUGGUAAAUUACGUUUCAGAGUACAUAUUCGACACGUCAUGAUGUAUGACCCGACGAGGUCGCUGCAAAACUUCUCGCUUGGCUCUUUCUUUACGCGCUCGAAAAAAAGAACACAGCGCAUCCGAACAGUCCGAGGACAGUGCGUUAUUAUAUUAUGUUGAUUGACCAUCAGGCCUAUAUAUUAUACAAGACACCAUCGGACCCUGGACGUACGUGAUCUACGAUGGUCCACGUUAUUUUUGCUGGUCCUAUAUAUAGUAUAUACUCAGGGUUAAACAAUGUCUUAAAUACGUAUCUUAGGUACAGUCUUGUAUCGCGACAGUUCUGAAAAUUAAUAAUAUCUAGAUUCUCACUUUUAAGUAUCUUGCCCGUCCCUGUGUAUAUAUUAAUUCAUUAGGAUACUAUAGUAUAUUAUAGCAAAUAGUAGUUCGACGAGCUCUAUUGAAUCAUACCAAGCUGUCUCAGAUCAACAGAGAUACAUAAACUUCAUACUUAAAGUGAAAUAGCAACUUCAUACGCAUGUCAAUAACAAACGAAAUUAAAAAAUAUAACCAGGAUGCAAAACAUUCACUUCACGAGUACACUGCUGCUGCGCCUCAAAACAAGACGAAGUUUCAGACAUCGUUCAGACAUCACCUGAUUGUUAUCAGGCGAUAACACACACACAAGAAAGACAGAAAGAAAGAAAUGAAAUAUAUUAUGAACUAUAAUGAAUAGAUAUAAACACGAGUAAUAGUAAGUAUACUAAGACAAAACACGAAAAACUAAGGAGAAAUUAGACAAAUAGAAAAAAAGAAUAUUAUGAUUUGUUCGUACGUAAACGUAUGUAAGACAAAAAACAUUUACAAAGAUGCCCGAUUAUGCGGAUUCAGUAUGAAUGGACGGACCUGUUUUCUAAGCCUAAUGAUGCGGUUACAUGAAGUGAUCAAUUAGUGGACCAAAAGAGGGAUUUAAGCUGACUGACACGAAACAAACAAACAUAUACUAGCUGAAUUAUCCAGAAUUUCCGGAUAAUUAUCCGGACUCAAUCCAUUGUUUAAAGUCAAUAUAAGAAAUACAAUUUAAUUUGUCUCCCCGUUUCCUUGAUAACUAAAUUAAACAAAAUAGACAAAUUGUGACUGUAUGUAUGCCUUUUCAAUAUUAUUAACAUAUUUUCAUACAACAAUACGAUUUUCAAUGAACCUGUUCUCAAACAGACCUGUCUAGAAGAGUGCGAGAAGUGCACAUUCAGCGGGUGCUAUAGUCACGGGAGAGCCAAAUAGAAACCAAAGAGGCGCCAUUAACUAUAAAUAAAAUUUGAAACCAUAUCCAUAUAAAGUCAUAUGUUUACAUAUUCUCACUCCGUUCGGAAUUUGUACAUACGUUUAAGAGAUUUUAACAAAUGCCUGCAUUUGUCCACUGGUUCGAAAGUCAACAGUCGCAGUCUUAUCAUCAGUUAUAAUAACACGCGUAUAAUAUGAUAAUAGUACUAUAAUGCAUCACAGUCUACUUGGCAGUGGCGAGUGCGCCCGUCGCAAUUAGCGCAUAAAAAUGACUUGUAGGCUAUUAAUAUAUAAUGUGGAGCUAAUAAAUUGGGCCGUCAUCUUUUACGUUUAAAUACCGCGUUUCGUUCCCAGUUUGCGUUUUUAUAUUUUAUAAUCGACGUGUACCAGUAUGAUAUUAUAUUCCGCGAUAACGAUGGGCUGUGGAAACGUGCUAGAGCAAAUAAUAUACCUGUCGAAUGUCUAGCUACAUAAACAUUAUAAAUUGUAUACAUAGUGUGUGAGCGUGUCGUAAAGAUCUGAACUAAUUAUUAUGUAUAAAAUUGUAAAAACUUUAUUUCCUUCCCCUCCCCCGUCUUAAAAUUAAAAUUUAACGACAGUGUAUCAAAUCAUGACCAUCACUAUUACGGACGCGAGUCAGUAUUUUGAUGGUUUUUUUUUCUAAUGUACAAUUGCAUUUAUAUAGUCAUUUAAACCGACGAUAAAAAAUUGUCUUUGACUUCCAAAUAGGAAAAAUAUGUUGAAUUUAUCUAAUUACCAUAAUAUUAUAUGAUCGUGUUAAAUUUAAGCUCGAAAAUUGCGAGUUUAAAAAAAAUAUAAAUUUGCUUUCAAAGCCGUCGUCAGUAUAAAUAUUGUCGGUAAGAUUCAAAAUAAUAUAUUCCAUAUAUCAAUAAAUAUUAAAGUUCAAACUCCGUGUUAAUUUGAUAAUCUAUGCAAGUUCUAACAAAUUCCAUUUUCGGAAAUGUUUCUCGUUCAAAAUUUUCGUAAGUUUGAGUCCUAUAGGAGUAAACAUUUUGUUUACAUGUAAUACUUUAAUAAUAUAUCGUAAAGGGGCUCAAAAGUCCUAUUUCUAGCGGCUCCGUCUCGUCAAAUAUACCAUUCCAGCACUUCGAAAAGGGUGAACGCAAAAUAAUUUAUUUUGAAUGAAAUUGUUCGUAGGUAUAGAUACUAAAAUUACAAAUAUAUAAAAACAAAUACUUUGUGUCAAUCACAUUGUGCAUAUUAAUUGCAUAUAAACCGUUCUUCAGUUAUCAACUUUGUACGUAUAAUUAAUAAUAAUAAUAUUAUGUAUUCGUGUUGCUAUUACUAUUAUUAUUAUUCGAAUUAACGUCAUUGCAGCACAAUAUAGAACACAUGUGCGUAUACGCAUGCAAUAUAAUACACGAUUCAAGGAUAACUUUUAUAGUGCAGAUAUGCGUCCGGACUCCGGAUACGGUACGUAACCAGAUAGGUCAGUGUAUUAUUAUAAUAAUGUUUUUAUACGGUAUAGGCAUAGCUGGUAAGAAAUGUGCACUGCAAUCGUAUAUCGCCCGGUAUACCCUGAAAUAAUUAACGAUGAUGGUGAUGUGAUGACGGUAAUAAUAAUAAUAAUAAUAAUAAUACUGGCGUCGUUUAUAAUUUCGUAGAUUUCUUAUUUAUUUUUUUCCAUCCAAUCCUGACGUCGUCGUCGAUCAGUUACGAACGAUUAUAAUAUUAUAUUGUUGACGACGCCUAAAACAAUAAAAUAUUAUAACGUAAUUAUUAUUACGCGAUGGUGCCCGAGUACGUACGCCUGAUAACGUAUUUUAUUCUCGCGGCGCACGUGUACGUAUACGUUUAUUUAUUUGAAUUGACGGGCAAAUGCCCACCUUUACUACAAAUUGAAAACCGUAGUUACAAUACCGACAUGUGCACGCGAAAAAUAUGCGUUUCUUUUUUUACCACAAAUGACGUUGUUAGCUCUUAACUAAAAGCCUUGCAUUAAAAUCGAUAUUACGAGGUUGUACAAGCAACUAAUCUAACCCAGUGACUAUUUUAUUGGUCCAAAUAAAAACUAUCGGAAAAAAAAAUUAUUAUUUCCCCUGUUGGUUUUGUAUUGAGACAAUAUGUUCGAUAAAUCCAAGUUCUCCUAUAGGCAUAGUGUUACUNAAAAAAAUUAUUAUUUCCCCUGUUGGUUUUGUAUUGAGACAAUAUAUUCGAUAAAUCCAAGUUCUCCUAUAGGCAUAGUGUUACUGCUAGGUAGGUAUACGAAAAGCAAUUUCAGAAAGGUUACCAUAAUAGAAAUGCGGUUGUAAUCGAAUAAUCGAAAUAUCGUCAAUACGCGUAAUAUCAACUAAUUUGCGUCCAACAGAUAGACAGUGAGUGAGUUUUCAUCGAUGUUUAAUAUGGCGUCUCUCGAGAUAGGGAAAUCAUUGCUAUAAUCUAUAUUAUGCUGUCAGAAAUGUACCCUGGACAUUUUCAUAAUAUGUUGAGUACCUAUACAUUUUUUAUAUUAGUGUUAUCGUUGCCAGUCGAAUCGGGUAGAGGGCAGUUGUUCGAAAUUUGAUUAGGAUAAAUAAUAACGGACCGGAAGAGUCACUUCUUCUAUACACGUAUAUUUUUAAUUUGCAAUAUUCGAAAUUCGAAUACUAAAUACUAUACUGUGUGUUUUAAUAAUAUUCUGAUAUCGCUUUGUCUGGAAGUCUCUCGCGAAUGAAACGAACGGAGGGAAUUAAUCGAAAAUAAACCGCGGUUCGCAACGCGAAACCACGUCGGGUGUAGUAUUUCAUUUCGUGUGCACUGUGAUGUGCGACCGGACCGGUCAGACCGUAAACGGUUAUUAUCAUUUUUCGAACAGGCCCCGUACAACCCGCGGUCGAACCGAUAACGUAUCACGACGUGAUAAUAAUCAUCGUUAUCGUAUAAAUAUUAUUUUAUUCGCGAGAAAUUGGUUUCGUCGGUAUAAUAACCCUAACCACGCGCGGGUACAGGGUCAUCGCAUCGGCUCUAUUGUCAUCUCGUCUGCGCGUUAUUGCAAUAAUGAUAUUGUUGUUAUUAUUAUUAUUAUUAUUAUUAUUACGUUAUUAUAAUAUGACGUCUCUGCGGGCGACAGAAUGUUAAAACUGACAUCACUUUACCCAAACAGCAUUACAUAGCGGUGCAUAAUAUAUUAUUGUUAAAAUCAUCAUCACCGCUGCAGUUGCGGUCGUCAAGACUGCACUCGCAGCCGUUGCGCGUGCACUGUACGUCAUAAACACAUUAUAGCCGCGGUUUUUAUCGCCGAAAUGGGAAUCGCGAAAAAUCGAAUACACCCGAUCUACUGCAUUUAGUGGGAUAUAGGUACACACGAAGAAAUUAAUGAUAAUAACCAUUCACGCCACAGGUGAAAUAGCGUGAUAAGGAUUUUAGCGUGGCCACCAUAUUCAUCGUACUAAAGUCCAGAAUGGAUAUGUAGUCUAGUACUUAGUUAGUAAACUAACGAUCUCCGGACGCGUAUUUAACACGUACAAACCCUAUCCGACUUCAGCCCGGCCCGUCGUAGUUUUUCAUCGACCUGGGUUUUAGAUUUACACUUUAGGACACUAACUUCCUUGGAGCAGUUGGAGCAGUAUCGCAACAUGGUAAAUACCUAUUUACUAUGUUGCGAGACUGUUUUGUAUGAAUUUUAAAACCUCCUAAAACUCUUAAAACCAACUCGGUUAAGUGUCCUAUGUGUAAAUCUAAACCUUAGUUCCUAGUCGAUGAUAAACCACGGUUUUGCGGUUUUACAUACUCGAUGGAUUUAACGUGGAGAAUAAAAUUAGUUUAAAAAUAUUAACUUAGAACCUAACUCGUUUGACUAUUAUAUUUUAAAUCAUCUUAAUAUAAACUCAAUAUUAUUUUCUCGGUAGUCCGUUAAAAUCUGCAGCGGUGGUUUAAAGUGUUUUUUUAAUAUAUAUAUAUGUACAUAUAUAUAAGACAAUUUCGUCGAAAUUCGAAGUAAAAAUUAUCCUCCUUGUAUAGAAUGCAAUGAUAUAAUGUUGUUGAGUACAAAAAAAAAAAAAAAAAUGUACAACCAAAAACGAAUAAAAAUUGUAAACAAUUGUGUAUUUUUAUUGCGCAACAUUUUUAUACGAUUUGUAUGCGUUAAAAUUUUUCUCAGUAGUUUUUGUGAAUCAAAAAAACGAAAAAAAAGUUCAUGCAUCAGCCGGGAAUCGAACCCGGGCCGCCCGCGUGGCAGGCGAGCAUUCUACCACUGAACCACUGAUGCUGCUGAGUACUACAAUGGGUUUACAUACACUCAAACUAGAGAUACUGGCUGAUAAACAUUUAACAAUAUAAAUACAAUCAAAUCGUUGGUAUUUAAUUUUUACGUUUUUCGACCAAACACCGUUAUUAUAAUUAAUACGCAUUUUUAUUUUUAGUUCUUUUGAUAAUACGUAUAUCGAUAAUAUAUUACUACAAGUAGAUUAUCUAUUAUAUUAUUAUUAUUAUUACUUAGACAUUAAUAUAUGCAUGCAGGUAAAGAAUCUACAAAAAUAAUAAGACACAGCAAAACGAAUACAUUUAUCGCUUCACUCAGAAUCUAAAAACUGUUUUAGUGAUAAUACUCGACGGAAUAAAUAAAAAAAUAAAAUAAAUACCUACAAUAACUAAUAUUUUCAAUAAUAUUUGUUUCAUUUACGAUCGGUCGUCGUAAAAAAAAAACAUCAUAGGGUAUAAUAUUUAAAACAAUAAGCUACAUGUUUAUUGGGUACUGCAAGUUUAUUCCGAGUUAAGUUUUUUCUGACGCGUAUUUAUUUGCGUUUCUAUUAAUAAUAUUUGAAAUUUUUACUUAUUUUGUUUUUUUUAUACUUUUUCAUGCUAUACUAAAGACUUUCUGUAAUGAUAUAAUAUGUAUCGUUAAAUUUUCACACUGCUGCAGGUACACUAUUUUUUUUUUUUUUUUUUUUUUUUUUUUUAUAUUCUUUAUCAUUCUAUAAACACAAAAUAAAUUUAUACGAAUUGUGAAAACUGAGUGUUAAUUUAUCAUUUUUUUUUUUCAUUUACUUAACAAUGAACGUCAUCAUAACCUAUAGUUACCCAUCUAUUUAAAUCACAGGUUACAUUAAUAUUACAUUAAUUUUUCCUUCGCUUUCAAUGCUUUCGCUAAAUCGAAAUCGUUUUUUUUUUUCAAUUGAGAAAGUAUAUACGUACCUAUACAUAUUAGGUACCACACACAGUAAGAUAUAUCCAACUCUAAUAAUAUAAUUCGAUUGCCCGCAUUUGUAUAGCUCAGAAUAAACAUAUAAAAAAUAGACGAACAUAUUUCGCACCACACUUUUCUAAUUGGUAAAAUUGCCCUGGUUUUUUCAAUGUUAUCAAGACCAAACUAAAUGUCAAACUUGAAAAUAGACCAUAUUCACGGACAUUUUAUAUUACAUUACGGGACGAAACAAACACGACCAAUUAUUAAAAAUCCUGCCGCGUACAUAUUAUUAUCGUGUAUUAUACCUUCGCGACCCCACUCGCCUACAACGGCUAGUGGCCCACCCGUGAGCGUAGUAUUAACUUUUUUUUUUUCUGUAAUAAUUAUUUUGUAGUUUUGUUUUUAUUGCAAAUGUGCGACCAAUCAUACCGCGAAGGUGCCGGCGACAUUACGUAUUAUCUAUAUAAUUAUUCUUAUGGGUGUACAACGCGUACGCAUAUACAAUAUUAAAAUAAUAAUAAACCAAAACGGACUAUUACCGCGGGCACUGUGACGGAUUUUUAAAAACGGUUGCACCACGCAUAUAAUAUUGUAAUAAUGUCAUAGUGAUGCGUGUUUAUGAGUGUAAUAGGUAGGAGGUACUCACCGUGUUAUGAUUGCACGUACAAUGUGCAUACCGCGUACAUACACACACAUAUUUUCGUGUACACCGGUUCCGACUCGAAAACGGAAAUCGAUUUUGGAUAUCCGUCAACGUCUGGUGAGCAAGCGAUAAUUCCCGCGGCACCGUGUUUUGUCUAGAGAGGUCCGAAGUGCCUUCAUCGUUGGUUGGGGUUCUCCACUCAAAUCGCCAAACAUUAUAUAUAAAUUUGAAAAAAAAACCAUCCAUCACACUCAUUGAAGCACUUUUGUUAUUGUAUAGAUUGUACGAGUUACAGAUUAAAAAUUUAGAAAAAAAAAAAAAUCUAGUGAGGUUUAUAUUUUAUCUUGCCCAGAUAAUUGAGAAACGAGUAUGUGCAUCAGACAUAUGUAUACCUAUACGUUUCGUGACGGUACAGGUGAUGUAUGCAUUCUGCAGGACGAAGCAGACAUAUUAAUCGACGUAUUAUUAAUAUGAUCCAUCCGCGGGAGACAUGUCUUUCAUAUAAUAUUUAUCAGCCAAAGUCACCCUCGAGUAUACGAAUCAAAGAUAUUGCUUAUCGGUCGACCUUAUGUUCAGAGGGACACCAUAGACGAACGUCGAGAAAACAUAAAAUUAUAAUACCGGUAUAAUGUAAUGUUACCGCAAAAACCCGAUCAUCAGCGAAGUUUUCCCAAUGUCAUCAAUAUUACGGAUUAAAAGACCGAAAAACCGGAGAGAAAAAAACUCUCUUUAACCGAGUAUAUUUUUUAGCGAUAGACUUAUAAUUCCAUAAUCGUUUCUUUUUCGAUACAUUAUAAUGAUGCGAUUCAUUAGAUACGUUCAUACGUGAAAAAAAAAAAAUCUCCGAAUUAUGAUUAAGAAUCCGGUAUUCGCGUAUUUUAAUGUCUAUUAUUUUUAUAUUGAAGUAUGAGCUAUACUUCGAACGUACUCCAGAUUGUCUUCUAUUCCAUAUCUGUCCAUAUUUGUCUGUAGGGUUUAUCUUUUUGAGUUUAUCGCCGUUCAUAUGCUGCAACCCUGGAGCAACAUUUUGUUUAUCUUCUCAAGGCUCUUCGAACCGCGUAAAAGAUGUGCCAUCUGGCCGUCAUCGAUCGUCCCCGAGUGCCUGCGGUCGUAUUAUGACCGCGAUAGAGUAAUAAUUGGGGUCGGGGGGCGUUGCGUGGAGUGUCGGAACCGUGCGGAUUCCUGUAUCGGUUCAUCCAAACGUACAUCAUCAUAAACAUGAUGAAUUAUUUGAAGGUAAGCCAUAACCAGUGAAAAGUUGAAAAACUUAUAGUUAAAAAUGUACCGUCAAAUUUUGGUUUGUUUAAAGUUUGGAUUCUGAGUGAAGCAAAGAAGCUUAUAAGCUUCUAACUAUGUAUGGUUUUACAAUGAUGCUUAUUUUUUUGUCUACUGCGGAUAACUUUUCUACCAGAAAUCUUGCUUCGUACGUAAGUAUGGCACUAUUACUGAAAGGAAAUUAUGCUAGGUGGCACUUUAGGGAGAUCAUUUUAUAAUAUCUGGGUGACUGGGUCGAUAAAAGUUAUAAACGUUAUUAAUUAUAUUUAUUAUAAAGUAGAUAGUAAAUAUUUCGGUAAUGUAUGAAACAAUUUUUCUUCGUCUCUAUGUAUAAGUCGCUCGAAAAGGCAUUUUCCGGGAGAAAAGGUAGGUCGCUGUGGGCGUCGUCGUGUAAGCUGUCAGGCUACGUGAUUUCAACUUCGUACACCCAUCCUAUCGGCGAAGUAGUGUCCUUUUGCAAUUUUGUUUGCAAUUUCACCAAUAAUGUUUCCAAACGACUGAUGGCCGGCAACGGUAAAGAAAUUAAUCAGUUUUCUUUCAGUUGAAGAAAAACAUAUUCGAUUUUUUAUACGAUUAAAUACAAAAUAUAAUAUAGAUAAUAAAUAAUAGAUAUAUAUAUAAUAUAAUUAAAAUACUUCUCACGUGGGUGCAGCCACUGCUGUUGUGGGUGGGUAGUUGGAAAGAUAGGAUACUGACGGAAAUUUAAUGUACAUCUGUAAGCAACGAUUAACCAUUACUAACAAAAAAACGAUUCUAAGCGGCGUUCAGUUGAAAGUAUUAAUUUGUCAACAAUAUUAUGUGUCAUAUUAUGGUUAAAUAAUUACAUAUGCAUUAAACAUUUUCCUUAAAAAUAUAUGUUUACUAUUGUACCUAUUAUCCCGUUAUCGCGGUUUUCCCAUGUUUUUCUCAUUCAUUAGGAAAACUCAUCAAAAAAUGAUCUUCCUAAAGUACCUCCCCAGUCGAAAAAGUGCUAACAAUGUAAAUCGGAGAAAAAAAUGCUGGUUGAAAAGUUGUUUACUGGAAAAAUAAGGCUAUAAUAUUUUUAAACUAAUAUACCUAUAUUUCGUACAUUUUCCCGUUUUUCCUCAGCUUUUUAGAUUUUUUCAAUAUAUUUGGAAAACUCCGAAAAAAAUCAAAAAAUAACCUUUUUAAAGUGCCACUCAGUUAAAUUUCCUUUUAGAAAAAGUGCUACACUUGUAAAUCGGAGCAAUAUUUCUGGUAUACAAAUUGUUCACAGAUUAAAAAAAAGAAAUAAAGAAAUAAAAAUUGUUUAAGUCACUAUGAUGCACAUUUUGUUUGAUGAAAAACGCAAAUGUCAUAAUUAUUAUUAUUUAGUAAUUGUUUACCGACUACACAGAUAUGUCAUUUAUCAAAUAUUGACAACAUUUAAUUUGCUUGUAUUGAAAUUAUAUACUAUACGAAAUUGACUUAAUUAUUUUGUGCACCGUAUAGGUACUAUACACCAUAUAUAGGUAUAUACUAUACCUAUAUAGUAACUGCAUCUGCAGGACACGUGUUAUUAUAUCGGAAUAGUAUCGAAAAUCGACAAUUCGAUAUUUUAAACGGCGAUAGACCAUAAAUGUAGUGUAUACCCAUACGUAUUAUUAUUUUUUAACAACAUUAUAAUGUACACGUGACUUUGUUACUGUGAAUAUCGUAAUGUACGUAGUACUACUUGCAUCGCUAUAUUUUAUUUUAUUAUUAAAAAACGAGAAAAACAAAACACAUUCUACAUUAUCUACAAGUAUAAACGCUACGCGGUGAUUAGCCGGGGCAGAUUUCCAUUUACGUACUUACUUAAAACGACAAUAUAUAUACGUACACAGGAACAUAAAGAGUUGCCGGCCGGAUUACCCUUUCGAGGUCGCACACUCCGUAACCGUUGAAUUUUUUCGUUUCGGACGAAAAAAAAAACAACAACAUUACCUAGCUACCGCGUAAUCCUUAACCAAUAACGAAUUUCAUCACGUCAAAAAUAUACCUAGGCUGCGGGUACCUACCUAAUUAUAUAUAAUGUGCGGACUAAAUCGCGAAAUACGAAAUCUUUAUAUUUCGCGUCCUUGCGUGCUGCAGUAUUCGCGAAAAAUAAAUUCCAACAAGUAAACGAUCUGCGCCUAUACGCGCAGCGCUGUAAAAACCAAUACGCGCGCGGUUUGUAUAAUAUUUCAACAGUAGAGAGAAAAAUGUUUUUCCGAGAGUCAAGCACAAAUUUACGUAAACGAGUAUAAUAUUAUAACAUUUAGGAAUGGGCAAUUAUAUACUAGUAUUUUCUCACAGGGUUGUAUACAAAGAAGGAGGUGAGCGAUAGGGGCGAUCUCCCCCCUGGACAUUGUUGAAUUUGCUUCAUGUAUAGGUUUUUAGUUUCAUUUUUUCUGUGCGGAAAUGGUUAUCAAAAGCUUGUUAAGAUAUUGAUAAGAGAUUAGAGAUAUUGUACCUAUCAUCAACAUAUAUACCUACUGUUGGUUACAAUAGUUAUAUUGUGGUUGUCUAUACGAUUAUUGCCUGUAGUCUGCAACCACGGUCCGUGUUAUUAACUUGUAUUAAAAUUGCAAUUAUUUUUUCGGGCAACAAUAAAUGCAAAAUUGUGUUGUUUAAUAAUAUUUAGUUUAUUUUCAAGAAUCGCAUAAUUUAAUAUGACGCAUCAAUAAAUUAUCUACAAAAAUAAAACAAAACAAAACAACAAUUUGAUUUCGAACUAGGAAGUAAUUUCUAUUUUACAGUAUUUGUUAAACGGUAGGUACAUCUUUUGUAUUUUUAAAAUAAUUUUAAAGAGAUUCAGACCUAAAAGUCAGUCAAAACUGUAGGGAUUGCGUUUGACGGAUUCCAAUUUCGAUAACGGGUUAUGAUUCUUUAGGUUUAAUCCUAGGACGUGUUGCGAAUAGAAAUUUAAUAUAGAAGACAGUUAAACAUUAAAAAAAAAAUAAAAUAAUUUCCACGUAUCCCAGUUAAGCGCCAAAAGAAUUUCGAUAACUUUUCAAAAUUCAAGUGUCUGCCAAACGGUCAAACGCCAUUCUUCCUACACGGUUUCGUCUGACUUUUCGGUGUAGACCGCCAUAUCCGUACGUGAACCGGCCGUACCCUUUCCAUUUAAAUGGACAGAACAUUGGCGGUUAAGUAUUAUUAUUGAAACACGAAUUAAUGUUAUAGCUAUUACGCGUCGCGAUAUUAAUAACAUCCCAUAACGUAUCGCGGCAAUAACAACGUAAAGCGCAUAAUAUAUCCAUAUCUAGUAAUUGAACACCGCGAUUGUAAUACAACGAUGGAAGUGUUACAACUCAACUGUGAAUAUAAACAGAGUUGUCUUUGUGUUAGGUAGGUACCAUUAUAUUAUUAUAAUAAUAUAACGUGCAUGAAUAUGGACCAACUAGACCAUGUUCGGCCGUGACCGUGGCCCAUUGAAUAUAAUUUACGUUGCCCGAAAGUCUUCUAACAUAAUAAUACUAUUAUCAUAUUUUGUUGUGUUUACUGUUUACAUUCACGCGCGUGCCGCAGAUGCAGUGGCGUGUAUGGGAUUUCGCCAUGGAUGGGGAGAUAAUACAUUUGGAAAUUGUGUCAUAUCGUAUAACGUGUACGUAGCUAGGCUGAACAAAAAAAAAAAAAAAUCAAUUUUUAAUUUAUACAUUUUUGCGAGCAGUUUAUAAUCCAAUCUGCCAAAAAUUUAGGUGUUUCGUUGCGUUGCGUAGUGUUUCGUUUCAGACAGGACAAUCAUUAUAACGUUCAUAUUUUUCUGACACAUUAUUAGAUACCAAUAUACAUUUCUGACUAAAAGUGCAUAAUAUUUUGAAUUUAAAAUUUAACCAGUCGAAUCUCCUUAAUCUCUGCCCCCCCCCCGCUAUACAUUACUAAUAAUGUAAUAUAAUGUCACAAAAGGGCGUAACACCUAUUAUAAUAUUACACAUCACAUAAAAAAUCCGACUAUCCGUGUGAUGAUAAUUAUUGUACUUGUUAUGUGUACAUGAUAAUAUGAUAUUGUACAAUUCAAAUUCAUCGCGAUUUCAACGAAUUCAUUUGCUCGGCGAACGAGUGUGUGAUGUCGUCAGUGAUGUGCGGGGGGGAGAGAAUUUUGGAGCCAUAUUGGCUCCCCAUUGGUUUUUUAAUACUAUUUUUUAUGAAUAUUGACUUAGCAAUUUUAUUUUUAAAUAUAUAUUACGGUCGAGUUCUAAAUAAAAGUGACGAUUAAAAAUCAGGUUUUUGGUGUCCGGCUUUUAAAUUCCCAUUCCCCCCCACCCCGAGUUGUCUGUAAAGAAGACGGCUCUACGUUUAUUUAUGAUUAUUAUUUACUACGUCUCCUCCCGUUGAAAAUUUCAGGGAAUGUCAUUGGAUGUCUUUAGAUGUAUGUUGUAAGUAAAAAUCGGAUUAAAUAUCGGUCGGGAAAAGGAGAUGUAUUUUUUUUUUUUCAGUGUUUUUCCGCCGCGCGGUAAAGAAUUCAACGCCACCGCCGUUCCCCUUAACGGCAAAAUAAAAACCUUGGGCCGUUACACUAAUAACUAUAAUAGUGUAAUAGUAUUAAACGAUCGUAUUUUAUAUUAUUUGUUAAUCGUAAAAUAAAAAAAAUAAAGAUUGAACGAGAUAUACACGAUUACGAAAACUGCCGGCCCGUUUGUAAACCGUAUAAUAUAAAUUAUUGUAUUAAAUGUACGAAACACAAUUAUUUUUAUUAUUAUAAUAGAGGCGUGUGCAUUUUCUGCAGAACAUAUUUGUACCAUACUUAUAUUGCCUAGGCGGUGUCGUGUGAUAUAAAUCAUCGCACUCCACAGUAUUAACUACACGGACGACAAUAUUAAUAAAAAUCGAAAAUAAACCGGUUCCCGUAUCGUAUAAAAAAAAAAAAAAAUUUAUUGCAACUCAAAGUUGAACUUUUACAAAAUAACGUACGCCACAGUUAUGUUAUAAACGAGUUAAAUUAUAAUUUAAUUACCGUAGGUACUUACGUGAAUUAUUAUUUUACCGUUCACGCAGUAAACGUCCUAAAAACACCUAACCGGAACGAGAUUAUAACAAAGUUUUGAAAAAAUCGAUUUCGCGUUCGAAACGAAUAUAUAAUAUUAUUUUGAAAACGAGACAUAAGUAUUUUAAAAUGAUUUUCGCCUUAUACGCGAUUAUUAGAAUUUGCGCUGUCACGAAUUGAAACGAGACAGUCUCUUUUAGUUUAAUACGUUCUGCAUAAGCGCAACAAGACCACCGAAUUCGGGGGAGGGCACUAAAGUUAUGGACACAUCAAAGACCAAUGGAGGCUAUGCUCCCGCAAACCCCUUAACACGACUCUUACAAUCGUCAACUACCCAUUUCAUUUAUAAUUUUGUAUAUACCAAUUUACCAUAACUAUUUUAACAUUAUUUUUCGUACACACAUGCAGAUUCUCUAGGAAACCUGUAUUUUUUUCUGUUUAUUAAUUAUGAAACACACGAAUAAAAUAUUUACUAUGAAAAAACUGAUUAGAUUUUUUUUUUUUGGGAGUGCAAGUUUUAAACUUGGGGUAACAAAAACCCCAUAAGACCCCCUAGUUGUGCCAACGGAAACCAUAAAGCAUAAAUGAGUUAACGAAAAAAAAAAUUCAUGGGGAGAGAGAAACGGGGUCACUGAUCCCGGCACACAUCCAUAAACAUCCAGCCAUCGCUAUCCGAUACUCGACCAUCGUGAUUUCGAAUCUAAUCCUUCUUCUAGUUCUAAUAAAUAUAUAAAUUUUAUUAUAAAUUAUACUAGCAAAUUAUCGCGUAGAGUUAAUUUCAAACUUAUAUUCGAAUACAGUCAUAUUUCAAAAUUAAUAAACUCCAAGUCGCGACGGAUUUGGCAAUAAAAUCACAUCGUGGUUUUUUUUUUCAACUGUUGCCCAUGCGUUUUUUUUCUUUUUUAAAACCAUCAUCGAAUUUCUUUAGAUGUUGUUGUCGAAGAUACUCGUAGUUAAUGUAAAACUAAAUGAAAUUUAAUGUAUUAAUAAACGCGAAUAUUAUAAAGCAACGGUCAAUUAUCUUCCGUGUAGACGAACACGCGACUAUAAAACCAUAAAUAAUUAAUUUAAAGAACAACAUAUUUAACAUGCCCAUAAGAAUUAAAACGUAAUGUAUUUCGAAAUAAAUUAAAAGACAAUUAUUGCUUUAGACACGCGUCACGACAAUGACACGGCCGCACAGGACGUCGAAUACAAAAUAGAUUUUACUGAGAUGUGUGUUUUUUUUUCUCCCUAUCUGUAAACAAUUUUUCAAACCAAAAAUCGAUCACAUCAGAAACGGUUUCUGGUAAUAAAUCUCGUUUAGUCGGUGCAUCGGGCAAAGACGUUUAUUACGAUUUUCUUUUUGUACUUUACUUUUAAUAAUGGGGAAAAAAUCCCCCCCCCCCAAAAAAAAACGACGACGAAACGGGAAUAUUUAAGCCGUAUCUCCGUUAGCAGUCUCGGAGAUUUUUGCCUACACACGGGUACAAACAAACGUUUCCUCUUUCUAUUACAGUAAGAUAAUAGUACUGAUUGUACCUGUUAUACUAUUUCGUAAUCUAGUCAAUAAAAGUCGUAGCUUUAGAAAAAAAAAAAAAAAAAAAAACUGUAAUCACAAUAAUGUUCCGACUUCCUCGAUAAAAAAAAAAAAAGUGAAUACUAUGUAUUAUAUAUGUACAAGUAUAGUGAAUAUAUUGAAUAGAGCGUAUAAUAUAAUAAUGUUUACAUUUAUAUAGAUUUUGUUCGUAUUCGUAGACAAUACGGUACAACAACGCGUCCGGUUGACAAUGAAUACUAUCGUUUUUUAUGAUUUUAAUUUUUAAUUACAAGGUGACUUGUACACGACGAUGACCGUACUGUUUAUUUUUAUAUUUUUCUCCUGAAAACGAAUAAGUGUAACCGCGCGUCGUACCUUCAGCGUUGGUAUCUAUAUUAUAUUGCAUUUAUAUAAUACACACGCGAAUAACCAAACGGUUAUUCAAUAUCGUAUUAUUGAAUCAGUCAUUAUUUGUAUUGGUUACUCACUGUGUGCUGUACAAUAUGAGAACGCGCACAAUGAAAUAUUUUCUUUUGCACGGUAAAAUCACGGGACCGAAAUGAGUGUUCGCGACGAAAAUGCAUCGGACAUUACAUAUUAAACGUUUAAUAUUGCAAUGUUACGAGCACAAUGUUUUUGUACCGUUUACGUUUAAACGGGACACCCAGAAUUCGGGAGAUGAAAAUCGUACGUGUUGUAGUAUACCUACAGUAUUUGAAAAUAAGUUAUUAUUAUUGAUAAAACAAUCGACGAGGGUUGAAAAUCGUAAAGCCCUAAGAAAAAAAAAAAAAUUAUUGUUCAUUAUAGAUUCUAGAUAAAUCCAAUUUUAAAAAUACGGACAUACUUCGCACGUGGGUGCAGCCACUGUUGUGGGUGGAAAGUUGAGCAGGUGACAUACAGAUGGUAAUUUAAUGUAUAACUAAGUGACAAUAAACCAUUGCUAACGAAAAAACGAUUUUGAGCGGAGUUCACUUAAUAGUGAUGCUUUGUCAACAAUAUAUAUCAUAUUAUGUCAUUAUUAAUUAUUAUUAUUAUUAUCAUUAUUAAUAUGUCAUAUUAUGGGAAAAUAAUUAAAUAGGCAUUAUAUAUUUUCUUUAAUAAUAUUUUUUUAAUAUUGUAUCAAUUUUCCUGUGUUUUUUCCCAGUUUUUCACAAUUUCUGGGAAAAUUAAAACAUAAUAUCCUAAAAAUACCUUCUCAGUCAGAUUUUCUUUCAGAAAACGUGCUGCUAUCAUUGCAAAUCGGAGCAAAAUUGCUGGCAGUAAAGUUUUUCACGGGGAAAAAAGGCCGAAAUAUUUUUCAACUAAUUCCUACAUUUCGUACAUUUUCCCGUUUUUUCCCAGUUUUUCUUUUAUUUGUUGAGAAUACUGCUGAAAAAAUUAAAAAAAUGAUCUUCCUAAAGUACCUUUCCAGUAAAAUUUCCUUUCAGAGAAGGGUCUACAUCGGAGUAAGCUUUCUUGUAGAAAAAGUAUUCACAUAAAAAAAAAAUAACAUCUUUGUAAAACCAAUACAUUCACUAGAACCUAAAAUAUUAAAUUCCCAAUAUUUAUGAGCUCUUAGUGGAUGAAAACUGAGAUUUAGUGAUUCAGGGUCGGUGGAUGGCGUCGGGGUAACAGAAGAAUGUAGGGAGGCAUUCAGUACCGUUGUGGUGGCAACGGUGACGGCUUUCACAUCACCGUCAAAACUGUCAGUAACUAUUUUUCGAUUUCCUGUAUUAACGUCGCGUUAUUUUGACAGAAAACUGAAAUUUUGUACCGGGAAUUUGGUAGGGUGGUAUUUAGAACCUUCUAUAGACGCUAUAGGCCGCUAUAUACCGUUAUAUACCAUCGACUUUCUGAACUCCUCGUGCCGAUUUUAAAUAUUUAAAAACCAUUCAAAUUUGUUAUGGAAAUAAAAACAAAAAUAAAGAACCAAUACUGCUCACGGGUAGACCACUGUUGUGAGUUAAAAAUGAGUAUGAGAUAUGUUGGGUAAUUAUUAGUUUAAAUUUUGAAUGCGCAAUGCUAAAUUCUAAAUGGAAUUUGUUUUACCAUGUGGCUUUUUAUUUAUUUUUUUGUAUGUGACUGUAAACAAUUUUUCCACCAAAAAUUUUAUCAAAAACUUUAUAGGUACUUUACAUGGUUUUCUUAAUGAAUGGGAAAAAACCGACAAUUUUCGAAAUGAUUUUUGUUGAUUUUUUUGCAUUUAUUUAUUUUAUUUAUUCAAUUUACGGGCAUGUGUCCAAUAUACAAUAUAAUUAUAAGUUAACGUAACAAGGUAUUUUAAUAAUAUAAUGAUAAUAAUAAUAAUAAUAAUAAUUUAACUGUUUGACUAUUUAAAGGUACACUUAAAUAAGUUAAACAAAACAAAAAUAAAAACAAUACCAACAAAAAUAAGUAAAAAUAAUUUUUUAAAAAACAAACAAAAACUCUAAGCAAUUACGAAUACUAAGCAUUGGCUAUUUAUUUCAAGUUGAUAAGUAGAUUCUUGAUUAAUAAUACAAUUUAAUAUAUAAAUAGUUAUUUUAAAGAUUUAAAUAGACUUUUAAAAUUAUUAAUGCUGUUAGAAAGAAAUAAGUCUAUAUCAAAGAGAUUUCCUACGUUCAUAAGAAUCUUUCCCAGUGAGUAGUGGUAUUCAACAGAGGAAAAUCACGGCAAAUAAUAUUUCGCUCAGAAUCAUUCCUUAUUACCAACUGUUUGUCAUUGCGAACACAUAUAAAUUGAAUUACCGUCUGGUUAUUUUCCCUUCCAACUUUUCCCGUAAAACUAGGUACAAAAUAAUUAUAAAAUGCUUAUUGAUUUUUAACUGCUUUCUACGUCAGAAUUUCAACUUUGAACGUUGCAAAAAAAAAAAAAUAAUAAUAAUAAUAAUAAUAAAAAUUGUACCCCGCCGGCUCGGUCAAAUAAUACAAAUAAACUCGAAUCCAGCCGAUUCGCAUUCGAUAAUAUGCCCGAAGAAUUUCUCAAACGUGUAAAACAAUAGCUGCGCAGCUCUGCCACAUUAGUGUAAUCGACGAAACUGUUCAAUUCGCCGCGCGAUCGUCGCAAAUUAUUCAAGGCGAUCCUGCCAACCGUGCGCCCGGGUCGGGCGGCGCCUAAUUCAAAAUUAUAUUUUCUACUCCAGGUAGGUAUGUACGCCUGUAAUAUUGGAUUCGAUUAGCGCGGCGGCGGUCGGCGAGCGGUAAAAGUUUGAUGGUAACGCGUAUUAAAUAUAAAUAUAAUAUAGGUAAUUGUCAUAUUGACUUCACGGAUGUCAAAACGAAAACGACCUGAUAAAAUACCGUUCAAGGAUCUGUGCGCGAGCGCUCUCGCCGGUUUUUGGCCUUAAAUGGCGCGGGGGUUAUCGGGCGUGUAUCGUAACGCGGUUAUUAAUGUACCCAUAGUGAGUGUUGCGCGGGGGAAAAAAAACGGAUAAAAUAUUGUUUUACACCUCGGAUAUAUUAUGACGCUGUUUAUUCUAUAGAAACGGGCUAAGGAAAUCGUUAGAAAUUAAUUACUGUGCGCCUUGACACUCGAUUAUACAGCCAAACAGCGCCGCGGUAUUACGCGCGUCCGACAAGCGAUUUUUUUUUUUUUUCCUCCAGAGAAGGUCUCCGCAUUAAAUUACAAUAUUACACCCGUGGGUACGAUUUAAAUGUAAUAAACUCGUUUGUGCGUUUGUGCAUGUGUACGAUCGACGACAACGAAAUGUACACUAUAUUAUAAAAUAUACCAAUGAUUAGACAAUAACGUCAUUAAUUCAAUGGCGUAUUUACGAAUUGAUUUUUUUUUAGAGGGAUGCCAUUAAGAUGCGACUAAGUUCACUUAAAUCAUUUAAGUGGCUGAUGCGAGACGACAUUGCAAUGAGACAAGUUGACUACCGUACGGUUUCUUUUGAAUAAUGUUCUGUAGGUACAUUUCAAGUAUAAUAUUUAAAUGUGCUCUAAUAGUAGGUGUUUAACUCAACUUGGUUAACAUAAUUUGACUUAUUCUCUUUUGUUUUUAAACAAUUUAACUCAUUAUUAAAUUAUAUUCAUUAGGAAUUUAAAGUUACUAUGAAGUUAGGAACAUACUCCUAAUUAAUAUUAUAAUUUCAGAUACAAAUAUUUUAUAGUAAAGCAGAAGAUAGUGGCAAUUUGUCAGGUUUGUUAUCUGGUCCCAGUCAGUUUGCCCCAGCACAUAAUUUUGAGUACACUGUUAAUUAAACCCAGAGUAAAAUAACAUUUCAUAUACCUGCUGAUAUAAUAUUGUCAAUAACUACCAUUAUCCACAAAUGCAAAAAACAAAUAUAAUUACUUAUCGCAAAAGACUUACUGAGGGCGGGACUAAUUUUUUUAUUUUAAUGCGAAAACAAAGAAAUAAAAACAGAAGUUCAUGCGCUAUUAGAUAAUAAUUUGUACAGAUAUAAUUUACAUCAUACCAUCCAUACAGUUCUAAAUGUUCUAAAAAAAUCACCACUAGAUAUCGUAAGAAAUAUUGAAAAAACCGAAUCAAUCAAUUCGCCCACUCUCCCCAAUAUAUAACUCAUACACACACAUGUACGCGGACGGGUAGCUAUAAUAUCUAUAACAUCGAUCCUCCGGCCAGCAUUAAGACGCUCGUCCCUGGCAUUAUGCGUGUAGGUAUGUGUAAUACAUAUAAUCCAUCACGACAACCGUAUAAGGUAUACAAGUGUAUAUUAUAUAGUAAUAUUUAACAAUAACAAUAUCGUGUAUGUGGCAACAAUAUCAGGCAGUGUUUAUGGCGAUAUUAAAAUGUGUAUAGGUACCAGCUAUCGUGUAGCGAUUUGGAAUUAUGAAUAUAUAAUAGUAUAUUAAUACGACCGAUUCCCCCGCUACUAUAUAUUAUUAUAUUCCACCGAUGGCCGUACAUAGAUAUAGUUGUGACUGCUCGAUCAUUGAUGCGAACGCCUAAGUUAGGUUAGGACACGCGUGGAGAGCUGAUGGAGAUGCAUUAAAGAAUGUCCUAACAUAAAAAGCGAAAAAAAAACGCCCACUUGGAAGACCAAGGACAAGGUGGUAAGACGCUGUAAAAAAGGACACGAGACUGGUAUAGAUAGAUGGUAGUGCAAUGCUGGCUUAAAUUCUAGACAGAGAAAAAUGGAGAGGUUUAUUAGUGGUAGCACUGGUCCUGAAUGGACCGUUAAGCUGUUAAAAGAAGACUGCUCGAUCUUGAAAUUUCACUCGCGGAAUAUUGUCGAGUGUGAAGGGUUUCUUUUAACGUUCGCGUCGUAAAUGAAAUUAUUCGAAAAUCGGCACAGAAAAUCUAAAAAAAAAAAAAAAAUAGUUGACCUCCACAUCCCAAUAUCUCUAUCGUAAAGACAAAAAUACUUUUAUAAAUAAUUUCGAUUACAAAAUUUACGAUGUGAAUUUUUCUCAAACAACCCCUACGAAAAAUUUCCACACGGUCGCCCUCGCAAUAGUUUUUUUUUUUUUUUUGUCGGGACCGACGCAAAACCAUAUACGUGUACGUGCGCAAUACAACUCGGUCGAGAACAAAACAUUUUCUGUUACUAGAGGUUAUACCAUAGUAUAGUAUAAAGUUAUUGACGGACGAAAGAUUUUUUUCUCGUCGAUAUAAAAUUAUACGAAAUAUUAUUAUUGUAACGUUUGCUUUCAUACGUGUAGGUAGGUAGGUAGGUAGGUAGAUAGGUAACGUAUAAGGUCACGACAGACCACUCGUAAAUAAUUGAUUUUUGUCCAUCGCCUCAUUUGUCGUUUUCCGGAGUAGGUAAUAUACCCAAACUUGUUCAAAGUUAUCGGUAACCCUGAAACGCGCGAGCAAUAAUAUUACCUGACCUAACUCGUCUUUAUAAUAAUUUUAUUAUGGUAACUUCUGCGUGUAAAACACACUGUAUCGCAGUAUGGGCGGUUAAGCGAGAGAGGGCGAUGUGAGCGGGAUAUCAUCACCCCGAGACUUGUUUCCCUCUCGAUAUUUAUAAUAAUAUUAUAUUAUAAAUGUUACAUUACCUAUACUCGUAUAUAUAUAUAUAUAUAUAUAAAUAAUAAUUGUUAAAAAAUCAGCAUCCUCCCCCCACUCCCUCUGAACAAAAUAUUUUACCUCGUAUCGCAAAAUCGUCCGAUUUUUUUUUUUUGGAGGGGUAUGUAUUUAAUUGUAUAAAGAAAUCUACAGCCCAGAUGCACCAACCAUUAGUUUACAUAACAAUUCGAUGCUUUAUGAUAUAUUUUUUUUUUAAGCAGGUAUAAUUAAUUUUUAAUUUGUAUAAUAAAAAUUGUUUAAAAAAUGUAAAAUCCCUCUUUUUCUUUUUUUUUUUUUAGUAUCAUUACUAACAUAAUACAACAUAUUAUAAAAUCUCGGAUCGUAGUGGUCUAGAGAAAAAAACUAUAGAUUCCUAAAAUAUACUUUCACUUAUUAAGUAAUAUUUACUUAUAUCAGUGAAGUAAUUUAGCCUAAUACAAUGUAAAAUGUUUUCUUUGGGUUUUCGUAAAUGCGCUGCAGGACCCGUUCUCGAGCAUUUUUAUGACUGUCACAAAAAAUACAUAUUUUUACCGAAAUAAAAAAAAACAACAUAUCCUUGUAAAAUAAUAAUUAUCUCUACCAAGAAUAUUUUAAAACAACUUUCGGUAAAUACUAUAUAUAUACAGAAUGUUAAAACUGUAUAUAAAAAAAAGCUAUUAAUUAAUUUUACAGGGUGUUAGGCAUCAUUAGGUUUAUAAAAUUAGUUUAUAAAAUAAAAGUGUAAUACAGAGAUGUUCGCGAGUAUAAUAUACCGAUUGCGAUAUCUUUAGACGGUAUAAACUAAUUUCGGAUUUUUUUUUUUUUUUCAUUUUAAGAAACAAACCACUCUAAAAUGUUAGGUACAUUAUCAUUAUUUUAUGUCACUUUUGUUUUUGGGAGUGAAACAGUCGGUUUACUUUUAAUUUUCGAAUUACACCCUACUAUAUCAUAGUAACCAUAUAGACACAGACGGAGUAUUAUAAUUUAAACACAUUUUUGGUGUUGAAAUGUCAAUCACAAUUGACACCCUGUAUAUUGGACAUAAUUGGUAUAUAAAACACGAGUUUGUACUCUAUGUGUAUUUUAUUAAACGAAUUUCGUACAAUUUUUUAACUUUGGAAAAAAAUAAUAUAGUUUUGCUGCAUGUACUUAUAAUAAAGAAAUAUUCAAAUGACCAAGGGAAAACUACUUUCGGUGUAUAAUAAUAAUAUUGAAUACGAAUGAAUACAGUAUUUUUUUCUUGAUUUUUGCAUAUCACAGAUGCAUGAUUUAAUUCAGUGUAGAGAUUAAUUUAUUAUAUUAUACCGAUAUUUAAAUUAUGUGUAAUAGAAAGACUCCGUGGACCACGAUGUGCGUGUUUUACUUAUUUUGGCGUCAACGUUUUAUGUAGGAACGCUCGCAUUCGCCCACUAAAUGUUAUGUUAUACGAGUACAGUUUCUCAUAAAAUAAUAAUACUCGUACAAUAAUAAUAGCGUUCCGGAUUGUUAUUCGAAAAAAAAAAAAAUAUAUAAUACUUUACAUACGAUUAUAAUACCGAGCAGUGGCGUAUUUACGAGGACGAAUCGAAUUUGUAUACAUAUUUAUAUAUAUACAUAUGUAUAAUAAUAUUAUUAAUAUAUAUAUAUAUAUAUAUAUAUGUAUUAAUUAUUGAUAAUUUAUAAACUAUCAAAAAAAAAAAAAAAAACAUUAAAAACCCGUAAUUUUAUCAUUUAUGUUAAUAGAAUAGUAGGCAAGGGCGACCACAGGGUAAUUUUCAGACGGGGGACAAAAUGAAUCUGGAUUCUAAAACCUAUUUAUAGCAUACAUAUAUACUAGGUUGGUAUUUCUUGAAAAGGUUGAAAAUUAUGUAAACAUUAGUUUAGUGCGAUAAGCAAAAGUUAUCAUCAUCAAUAAAGAAUAAUAUAAUAAUAUUUAUUUUAAUGGAUUCAAAGUAUACAUUAUUAUUUUUUGAAUACUUUUGAAUAUUUUCUAGGAGGGAAAUGUACCCGUAUUGCCCCCCCCCCCAAUGGGUUCCCAUAACAGUGUAGGUACAAUGCUCUAUGGUGUUACUACAGAUAUUAUAAUAUAAUAUUACAAUAUUAUAAUAUAAUAAACUAGAUUGCUACACUCUGUAUAUCUGGUUAAAGUCAACAGCAACCAUUUAAAACGAAGCCGUCAUGCCUUAACAGUUAUUAUUUCAUAUUGAUAACAAAUCUUUUUUUUUUUUUAUAUUUAAAUAUAUUAUUUCGAUUAAACAGUUAGACGUUUCAUUAAUUUAAUUAGAAAUAAUCGCAUAAUACGCUACUGGUACCUAGAUUCUGUAACCGGAAUCUGCACGUUUUUCAAGAAAUUUGAUAGGCAUCUUAUACUGAUUAUAACCAUACUAUUUUUCGUGAAAUCAAAUGAUGAUGUACGCGAUUGCCUUUCAAUUUUAGCAUAAAACAAAAAUGUAAUAAUAUUAUUACCGUACUAUAAUCCCGCAAAUCUCAAGACGAGAAAAAUAUUCGACGCAAAAUCGAUAGGAAAACGAGCAGAGAUUCAUCGGUUACAGGACCUACGGAUACUAUCGCAACUUUAUAUUAGAAUUGCAUGCCUAUAUUGUAUAGUAUAUAUUCUGGAUAGUAGACGAUAAUAAUAAUAAGUAAAUAAAAUAGCGUAACGAAAUUAUAAAUAUAGUGCCGCCAAGUGAGUAAUACGAUUAUUAAUGUAUAGCUACAUAAUAUAGUUUCAAAUAUUUUCAGUGUAGCUGUGGACCACUGGACGAGCUUUUUUUUUUUUUUUUCAAAAUGCCUAUACUCAAAAUAUUGCAGUAGCACCGGCGACUGUUGAAUUUUAUUUAAUAACAAACUUUUUGAUGAACAACCGAUAAUUUUAUGCCGGUAUUAUUAUCGUAAUAAAAAUUAUAAAGUGAACGUAUAAAAUCGUUUUUGUUUCGAAACACAAUGUAUAAUAUUAAUAAAAACAAUAUUUCGUGUAAAAGUAUAAUCACGGUUACACGUAUGACGCGCCACUACGCGCAUUUGAAAUCCACUCAACUCGAUUUACCGUAUACAAGACAUAAUUUGUUUAAUUAAUUCAAUAUAUAGCUGGUACACAGACUGGGCGGAACAAUUUUGGACCCAAACCGCUUUAUACAGCUUUAUAGAGUACACAAAUUCUGCAUUUUACUGCAUCGCGGGCGAUAUAAUGUAAUGAAAUAUAAUUUGUCGGGAAUUGAAAAUGGUACCUACGCGGUUUAUUCGAAUUCGUCAACUAAAUUUAAUGUAUAUUUUUAAAUCUUAGACUCGGAGCGUAGCGAGGAAUGUUUUGGUGAUGAUGUUUAUUUUUUUUUCUUGUGAACAACUUUUUCUACUAGCAAUUUUGCUCCGAUUUACAAUGAUAGCAGUUUGUAUAAAAGAAAAUUUAACUGAGGAGGUACUUUAGGGGGGUUAUUUUUUUGAUUUUCCCAGGAGUUUUCCCAAUAAAUAAAAAAAAAACGGAGGAAAACAAGAAAAACGUAGGAAAAACGGGAAAAUAUUAAACGAAUAUUAUUUAAGAAAAUGCAUAAUGCAUAUGUAAUUAUUUUACCAUAAUAUGACAUACAUAUUGUUCAAAAAGCAACACGGUCAACCGAACUCCGUUCAGAACGGUUUUUUUUUGUUAGCAAUGGUUAAUCGUUGCUUACAGAUAUACGUUUAAUUGCCUAUAACAGUUGCUGUACCCGUUCCCAUUAUCCUAGAACAGUUUUCUUUAUCUGUGAACAACUUUUCUACCAGAAUUCUUGCUUCGGUGUUUUAGUGUAGCCCCUUUUCUGAGAGGAAAUUUUAUCUGGGCGGUACUUAUAUUAAGUCAUUUUUUUGAUUUUCCGAGCGAUUUUCAACAAUAAUCGGGAAAAACCGUAGGAAAACGGUAUAUUGUAUAAACGAAACUUCGCUCCGAUUCGUUUGGAAACAACGAUUUAUCGUUGCGUACUUCAACAAUGGGCCACCCAUCGUGCGAAGCAUGUCCAUUUUUCUAUAAUAGUGUGAAUAUUAUUUUAAUUUUCGAGGUUUUUUUUGUUGUUUGUUCAGUUCUAUUUGCGUAAUGAAUAAAUCGUGGCCCAAAUUAUUAACACAGUAAUCUAACUUAACCAAUUUUGUGCGCAGGUUCGGUGACUACCACUCUGGGAGACAGUUCGGCGGCCGGCAGCGACGGUGGCCGACUCGGCGAGACGUUCAACGGCCGCAGCGUGGCCGAAGUGAGGGACGGUCACUUGUUGGUCCGAUGGGACGGGCCGGCCGGUUACUGUUGGAAGCUACAGCUCCGGCACCUGAAUCUCGUCCCGUCCGAGCACGCCACCUACGGGUUCAGUCUCGUCCGGCCCGGCUGCAAGUCGCCCAUCGUUACCGUAAUCGUGAGUAAAUCAUCUCGAAAUAAUGGGCUAAGCGCGUUUGAUCCAGGAACGUUCGGGCCGCUAAUAAAACUGCAUCCCGUUUGGACCAAUAGUAUUAAAUUUCUGUAAAGGCUCGUUAAAUAAACGUUCAGUUAAACUUAUAUAAGGAAAGUUCUGGUCCAAGCAGGUUGUAUACAAAUUGUAUUUUUCAGCCCAAACGGGUCUUCAAAAUUGGUCCAAACAGGUCCUGCCCCGAAAAAUUAUACAAUCAGCGAUGUGUUUUUCUUUAUCUAGACGAGUCAGGUACAUAUUUUGUACUUUUUAUCUUAUCUAGAUAAACGGGAAAUAAGUCAUCCGAGCCGUUAUCUGAUACGAACAAUUUUAAAUCACAUAAUUCAUAGGGGAAUAUGUAUAAAGCGAGUGUUCUUCGAAAAUCUGCAUAAAUGCAAUAAAUGUUCUGUAAAAAGGCAACAAAAAAGGUAUUUUGUGACUUCUACUAAAUCAUGUUUUCUGGUAGAAAACUUCGUCCGUAUUUUUAUAAAAUAAUGAAAUCGUGAAAUUACUUUCUAUAGUACAAUCUAGACAACUUUAGCUUUAAUAAAAGUUGCUACAUUUAAAAAUCGAAGCAUGAGUACUAGGUAAAAACGUAUCCAUAUUAGAAGAAAAAAAAUGAAUAAACAGCAUUAUAAAACCAAUAACUCUAACACUACACUCGGAAUCUAAUAAAUUCAAUUGGCCUAUCUUUAAAUAUUAUUAAAACAUUAUGUUAUAAUAUAAGCAUCAGUGGUUCAGUGGUAGAAUGCUCGCCUGCCACGCGGGCGGCCCGGGUUCGAUUCCCGGCUGAUGCAGAAAAUUUUUUUUCAUAUUUUUAUUUAAUUUUACAUCGACACUUUUAAAUAUANGAUACGAACAAUUUUAAAUCACAUAAUUCAUAGGGGAAUAUGUAUAAAGCGAGUGUUCUUCGAAAAUCUGCAUAAAUGCAAUAAAUGUUCUGUAAAAAGGCGACAAAAAAGGUAUCUUGUGACUUUUCUACUAAAUCAUUUUUUCUGGUAGAAAAUUUCGUCCGUAUUUUUAUAAAAUAAUGAAAUCGUGAAAUUACUUUCUAAAGUACAAUCUAGACAACUUUAGCUUUAAUAAAAGUUGCUACAUUUAAAAAUCGAAGCAAGAGUACUAGGUAAAAACGUAUCCAUACUAGAAGAAAAAAAAGAAAUAAACAGCAUUAUAAAACCAAUAACUCUAACACUACACUCGGAAUCUAAUAAAUUCAAUUGGCCGAUCUUUAAAUAUUAUUAAAACAUUAGAUUGUAAUAUAAGCAUCAGUGGUUCAGUGGUAGAAUGCUCGCCUGCCACGCGGGCGGCCCGGGUUCGAUUCCCGGCUGAUGCAAAAAAUUUUUUUUUCAUAUUUUUAUUUAAUUUUACAUCGACACUUUUAAAUAUAAAAUAUAUAAAUAUAACAAAAGUCAAACUAACUGUAUAUUUCGAUUUCACUCUCAACCUUUUAUUUAUUUAUAAAUAAAUAUCUUACGGAUUUUUUUUUUUUUAGAAAUACAUAAGAAAUAAGUACAAUAAAGAGCGGACAUGGUACAAAUAAAACUAACUAUCGUAAUUGGCUAAAGACGUCAUUCUAAUUAUGGCGGAGAGCCUGUUUGUCACAAAAUUAGAGCAAAGAUCUGUGGGGGUUGCCAAUAAUUAUUUUACAACACAAACACAAUUAAAAUUGAAUAUAAUACAUUAUGUAUGUUAUUUUCUCAUACAAUUUCCAUACAAAAAUCGAAAAAAAAAUAUAUGUCUGGAUCCGUCCCAGCGAAGUCUACACAGGUGUUACCUCCAACACGAAAGUAAGGUCACUCUAACAAACGCGGUGCUCCAAUCUGCCCUCCAACUAAUUCCCUGCGGGUAAAAUGCACACAAAAUAUUAUGGAGACCAUAAUUCCGUGGGAAACCGUAUGGGAACUUAAUUUGUUCAGGUUCCAUGCCCGGUUCGUUUUUUUUUUUACCGACUAUAGUAUAGUAGUUACUUUGCAUCGAUUGUUUUAUGGCAAGCAUUUGUACGGGGUUGAAAAACAGUUUAAUGUAAAUAAGUCGAAAAAUAGUCUAGGGUUAUAGGUACGCAAAAUUUUGGCGAUUUUCGAUAUUGUCGUCACUGUACGGAGGUCAGUUUCUUUUCCUUUUUCUCCCUCCAAGUUAUCAGACAAAGAUAGCUGCAGCGAACAUCCGUUUUCACAUUACUUCCCCCACUGCCGCCAGCGCGUAUUAUUAAAAAUUACAAACGCACGCUCACAUUGCACAUGAAUAAUUAUAAAUAACGAAAACGACGAUUUGAAAAAUUUGCAUUAUACAUAAUAUAGUCUGACCUAUCUCUUAACUGAUGCCCCGGAAAUCCGCCUCGGUUCACGAACCCGCCGGCCUGGAAUCCCGUUUUGCCACUCUUGUUCCCGGACCCGGAUCGACUUGCGAGGAAUCUUAAUUCGAUUUUCCCGAGCAUUUAUACGAAACGAAAACCAUUUUAUCCGCAUAAAACUGCAUGUAAAAAUAUUUGAAUAUUUUUGUCAAAAAAAAAAAAAAAAAAACCCGCCCUAUAUACCUACUUACUCGAAUAUUUAAAUAUUGUGUUACAGAAAACUAUAAACGGUUGUUAAAUUGUCAUAUUUCGAAACAAACAAUUACGACUUUACAAAAUCUUAUGGAAAUUAAAAAUUCCGUUUAAUUGUUUUUUUUUUUCAAAUCUGUACACCCGCUAUCUAUUUUCGUGAUUGAUUUUCGAAAACUGCGCGUUUUACGAGAUUCCCAUUGAAAUAUUGUUUGUCUUUUGUCGCACAGUAAAAAUGCUCGGAAAUUCGAUACAAGAUUAGGUUGGGUACACCCGGAGUCGUUGCAAAAGUUAAACGCAUUGUAGUGGGGGUACAUUCAUUUGAUGACAAGAGUUUAAAGUUAAAAUGUCGACGAAUAUCGAAAAAAUCGCAAAAUUUCGAAUGCUAUUCUCCGAUUUAUAGAGAAAACGGUACGUAACUGUAUUAUAUUUUUGAUUCUGUAAAAACAUUAAGACGAGAAAUUCUGCAUACGGACAUAAAAUCCAGCAGGCAAUUCAGCAGUGAUUCGUCGUUACAAAUUUCAGCUAUUUCCAAUAUUUUUAAGUUUAUCAAAGCACGUCUGACCGAAUCGCGCUCAAAAUGAUUUUUCAUCGGCAAUGGAAAUUGGAAAUCGAUAUGAAACGUCACACCCAGGGCCGGCUUUAAAGCUGUGCAAGCUGUGUACUCGCACAGAGCCCCGCGCGCUUAGUGGCUCCGCAAUCGUAGCCGGAUAAUAAUUUCACACAAUUAUUGAGGGAAAAACAAAUUAAAAUGAAUGGACGAAGGAGAAUUGCGUUGUAGGAUUCGUCUAUACGCGUGGUAUUAGACGGUGAAAAAAAAAAAAGAAGCUUAUUGAAGCCCCGCGAAAAUGAUUGCCCGGGGUUUCGGUAUUUUCUUGCCCGCGGUGUGUAAGGCAUUUUUUGUUUUUUUUUUGUUUUUUUCAUUGGCAUUUCAUCUCUAAGAUCUCGACCACGCGUUUGUAAUGUUCUCACUACAAGUAUUUACUGCGUUUACCGCCGCCGGAAUCCGUCUCUAUAAUUAUUUUCCACCGAAUCACAACAAAACAAAAUCGAAAAAUAAAAGAAUCCGCUAAAUAUUCUUAUUUUUCCGACGGUUCCCCCGAUCGUUAAGCCGAGAUUGCAAUGCGUAUACCAAAUAACAAUGACCUCCGUCGUCGACGGAAUCGUCCGCCGGAAAUCGCCCCGUAAAUCGACGAUCGGAGGAUAAUUUCUGGUGGAAAACUAUCGUCGAAACAUGCGGCAAAUACGAUAUACACACGAUUCAAGUGGCCCUUUUUUUUUCUUCUUCUUUUCUUUUUGAAUUGGUUGAAAACAGUGCCCGUAAUACGCAAAUAAAUGCCGUGCUUAUAGUUGUUAAACUUGUCUCGGCUGCGCAAUAAUAUUUAGCGGGCACCUAAAAGCGACGCACAAUUACAACGGUACACUUGCGAAUUUCCCCACUCGCGCAACGGCGGAGUAAAAAAAAAAAAAAAGUAAACGCACAUCCGCCAGCUCUGCGCACCCGCCGAAAAAUCCCGAUCGGGUUUAUUUCACAGCAACGACCAAGUAUUUUAUCCGUUGGUCUCACGAUUGACGAGCAGCGCUCGACACAUGCAUAGGUUUCCUACGGACAAUGUUUGUGGCGUAUGGAAAAUAAUGUUCAAAAACGGUCACGGCAAAUUCGUAUGUACAAAAUCGUAAAUUGAACGUGCCGUUAACUGCGGUUGGCGUCGUGUAAAGGGGAUCGCGGGGGCAUAGACCCCCCCCCACUACGGGUCUUUGACGCGUUCGCAAUUUUAGCGCCCCCAGAGUCGGUGGUCGAGUUGCGCCUACGACUCUGCGAUGCGUUGACUCGGUGGGCACUUGUAAUUCGGUCGUGAUUCGGCGUUCGCGACGUCGUUCAAAUCGGUCCGCGUGUCUUAUCUCCGAUAAGAAUAAGAACGUGUUAGCGUUUUGAAUCAUUCGGUUUUGUUCGCCCGCUCUUGGGCUUUCAGCCACGUACGUUUUAUUGUCUACGCGAUUGAUUUGCGGCGUUUCUUUUUUUUUUUUUUUUUCGACCGCAAUCGCUGUUUUUACUCGUGUCCUCGGCGAUAGGUUAUGGUUAAUGAUCAAAUUGUGAUUCGGCGCAUUUGAAUUUUUCGUUUUUCUUUAAAUACCUGUUGAAUUUACAACGGGCGUGAAAUACUCGAAAAUAAAAUAAUAUUUUUUGCCAAACAGGUUAACGGGUUCCAAUAUAGUGCGUUUUUCAUCAAAAAACGUUUCGCGGAUUUUCAUUUCGCGGGUACGCAAUAAAUAAAACUCUCGUUUCUUUUAUUAAUUAACAAACCGUAAUAAAACAGCCGGAACAAAAUUCAUUAGUAUAAUGGUUGUUGGUAUAAUCGUUGUUUUAAUAACGAUUAUUAGGUACCGGCCCAUUAUGUUAAUGAAUUUUAUUCUGACUAUUUUACAAACGACAAUUCCAAAAAUAAAAAAUACAUAGGUAGGCACUUCUUAUUCUUGUUUAUUAUUAUUUACUAUUGUACUACGAGUUCUACGUUCACAAAUAUCAUAAUCGAAUUGAAUUAUUUUACAUUGAAGUUGUAACAUUUUACAUAGGUUAUCCUCAUUUUAGAUUCCGAGCGGAUCGGAGGAAUGUAUUGGUUUUACAAUGUUUAUUAUUUUUUUUUAUUCUGUGAACAACUUUUCUACCAGAAACGUGUAGCGCCUUUUCUGAAAGGAAAUUUGAUUGGAGUGGUACUUUAGAGGGGGUAAUUUUUUGAUCUUCCCAGUGGUUUUAAUAAAUGGAAAAAAUGUACGAAAUGUAUUAUUUUCAAAUCGUAAAUAUCAUGGUCAUUUGAAACAUGUUCAACCGAACCUCGCUCAGAAUCGUUUUUCAUUAUCGAUGAUUAAUCCUUGUGUACAGGUGUACAUUUAAUUUCCCCUCUACCUACCCAACUUCUCACCAACAACAGUGACCUCCCCGCGUGCGAAGUAUGUUAAAAUAUGUCUUUUAUUUUUCCUAUAUAGGUUAGGUUAGCUACAUUUUUGUGGGUGUUGUUUUUAAAAAUUAUUUUCUACUAUUUAUUACAAAUACAUUGUUUUGACUUUCAGGUGGACAACGAAACCGAUUACCACCACUGGACGAUGACCAUUGCUGGUCAACUUCUGAGUCAAACACCAUUAGAAGAUGUAAAAUAUCUUGAUAUACUCGGCAUCGUUACUGAUCGUGCACCAUACAGACCACUCUCAUCAACGGAUUCGUUUAUGUCUGAAUUGAAAAACAAAAAAACAAAUUUGGAUAAUAUGCAAGAAGUCAACAACAAUUUAAUGCCGUUGAUCGGUUCACGCAUAUACAAGAAAAAUAUUUCACAUUUGCCAGACUUGAUUAGAGAAUGUGAACAAUCGUAUAGGUCAAAGCUGGUAAACGAGUUCUCGAAUUUCAUACCGGUCAAACAGAAACGUAAAAUGUUCGAAGGGUUACAGAUGUGCUCGUCAAAAAGUGUGGACAACUUGCACGGUCUUUCCCCUCAUUCGGAAAAUAUAAAAUCUAAGUCAAUGCACAAUUUGGAUACAAGCACGAUGCCCGUCAAAGACAUAUGCAGAUAUUUUGAAAAAAGGUUUAAUGACAAUGAAAAAAGUACCGUACAAUUCAGAUCGCUGUAUUAGCUGGUAUCUAGUUAAUUGGGAAGUGAGCGAUAAAGGAUUGGCGGUGUUCAUUAAGUGUUGUUAAGGCCUUAAAAUGAAGAAUGAAAAACAAUAUGUUCCAAAGAUUUAAGAAACUAUUAUUAUGAUAAUAUAUUACUUAAUGUAUACUCUUUAGUCAUAACUAAAUAAUUUUGUUUUUAAAUAAAUGAAAAACAAUAUUAGAAAAAUCUUAUAAUUUGUGUACACAUUUUGAGCUAAAAAUAAUAAUAAUAAACACAAACAUUUGCCCACUUAACAAUAAUAUCAAAAACAAAAAAACAUUACUGUUCAAUAAAAUUUAUCUUAAAAACUUGAUAUUAUUAAGGUAAAAACAGCAUUCUAAUUGAGAAUAAAUUAUUCCUACUUAUAAAAACUUUUUUGUAAUUUAUUUAAUGACUAUAAUAAUAUAUAAAAUGUAAGUUGUUCAUCACGUAAACCAAUUAUUACCGAUCACACAUUUGUUUUCUACUUCACCGAUAAUUUAUAAUAUAUAUAUAUAUAUAUAUAUAAAAAUAUAUUUUUAAUUAGCUAUCAAAACUCAAAAUUACUUUCUUCAGUAUUGAAGCGAAUAUUCCUCAAUGAUAAAAUAAAUAGAAUAUUAAAAAAAUCUUAAUAUCAAGUGGCAGCAAUACAAUAAUGAAACCUUAUACAGUUAUUAACAAGAUGAUAGUUUUUAAAUAUUUUUUGACAAUUUCAAAAUUAAUUUCUAAGCACCAGUUGUAGUAUACUUGGCCCACUUUCGUGUAGAAGAUUAGACAUUUGGGCACUGUUAAAUUUCAUUAAAUACACCCUGCUAGUCUGAAAACAAUCAAUCAAAAUAUAUAGUUAAGAAUAAGAAAAUAUUAACAACAUUAUAUCUGAAUGCGUCAUGUACAUUUACCCGUAGCUAAUAAAGUGUCUUUUGACGAGGAAUCUAAUUGAUCUUCAUACUUGGAGUGCGCUAGAUCAGAUAGUUCCUCAAAAUGUUUCUGUCGUUUACGUACAUUCCAGUGUAGACAUUCAGCCAGCGAAUCGAACCAAUCAGAUAUCUGGUCUUGAGCGCAUAUUGAUGGUACCGGAUAUAUAGAUGUAGUUACUUGUAAACUAUAUAAAUCAAACACUUAAUUA